CCUUCCUCUUCCAUCAUCUAGGGAUCCCCCUCUGCCAGGGAGCUGCGCUGCUCCAAUUAAGAAAGAGAGGCGGGCUGGCAGCUUUUGUCCUUCGCUGGCGAAGGGAGCGCGAAGGGAGCGCCAGCCAGGGCGGUGUCAGGCGGACACCCCCCACCCCAAUCCACCCUCCCAGGAGCUAUAUUGUCUGUGUAUUUAUAGAAGGGCUCUUUUUGGACCCAGAGGGAGGAGGAGAGAGGUGCAGUUAUCCAGGAACCAGGCGCUGAGGCAGGUGCGUCUUAGUCUCUCCUUCCAAAAAGGACGAAGAGAGAUGGAGCAGCUAGCCUUUCCUUCUCCUCCUCCGGGUAAGUGCGCGCCUCUAUCUCUCUCUCCCCGCCCGGUGGCAGUUGCGCCCUCCCUGCAGGGAUGGGGAAGCCUCGGUGUGGCCGCCUGGACGUCUCAGAAAAGUCCAAUAGUUCCGGCUUAGCAAACCGGGGAGGUCUGCCGCGGCUUCCUCCAGCUCAGGCGGCGUGUUUCAGGUGGUGGUGUGUGUGCGUCUUUGCUUGAAGACGUCCAGGACUGGGUCUCCUGCGCGCAAAAGUGUCGUGGCUCGAGGGUCCGUUUCCUAAGGUUGUAGUCCUCAUGGGGUCCCAAGAUAAGGCGGUUUAAGGAGGGGAUGGACACCUCGCCCUUUUUGGAGAUCUCCAGGGCUGAAUACUACUGCUACUUCUACUUCUACUAAUAAUAAUAAUAAACAUUAAACCUUAAGAAGCUUUCUUAUACAGCGCUGACUUCAGAUAUCUUCUUGUCUCCUUGACAUCUGGGGUUAUAUAGUUACUCAUCUCCUUGAACCCUGGAGCGCAAAGGUCUCCCUCCCUCAGGAUGUUGCGUGCUCUCCUUUCUUGAAGGUUUCUAAGCUGAGGUUGGCUGGCCAUCUGUCACUGAGGCUUCAGUCGAGAUUCCUGCAUUGCAGGGGGCUGGACUAGAGGACCCUUGGGCUUCCCUUCCAACUCCAUCAUUCUGUGAUUCUAUGAGCCUUCUGUGUGCAUCAUGUGUGCUCUGCCACUGAGCUGCAGUUCAUUUCCCGAGCACAGGGGGGGAAAGGCGCUAGUCCUCAUGAAUUUGAAUACAAGGCUGAUUUAAGGAGGGGGCGGGUUGCUGUUUGAAGAUCCCCAGGGCUUGUGCAUGCAAUGUGUGUUCUCUGCCACAGGAGAUAUGGUGUGGUGUGUGUAUCCAAAUCACAAAUCAGAGGGUCUGGUCCUCAUCGAUCUGAAUAUAACGGUACAUUUAAGGAGGAAAUGGGGCUGUGGCUCAGUGGGUAGAGCCCCUGCUUUGCUUGAAGAAGGCCUCAGGUUCAGUCCCCAGUGGCAGCACUGGAGAAAACCUGCAUCUGAAACCCAGCCAGCCAGUGACGACAAUAACCGAGACAGACCUGAUAUUUUUCCAGCUUCCUGUGUUCCUGCCAUAUUUGUUUUGGAGGAAGGGCCCAUGGCUCAGUGGCCUUGGAAUUGGAAGCUCCCAAGGAAUGUAAGACACAGGCUUGGCCCAAGUCAGACGCAUUGGCCUAGCUCCAUGUGGCUGGCACUGACCGGCAGCAGCUCUCCAGGGUUUCACGGGGGAAAGCUCUUUCCUGCCUGGAGAGGUGCCACUGGAGAGCAAACCGAUGAUCUUCUGCAUGCAGAGCAGGUGUCCUGCCACUCAGGCAGGUGGUUCCCUGGAAGGCUUGGGCAAAUGCCUGGGGAAAUAUUGUCACCUCUGCCCCAAAGCCCACCCCAACCCCCCUCUCCUUGCCUAUGUUCAUUAAACACAGGCACCUCAGAUCUCCAGGCCAUGUCUGUCUCUGCACCAAAUUGCUGAUAUGAAUGUGAGAAGCUGCUUUGGGGGCUUGUGAAGUAGGGUGAGAGAGACAGGUCAGGAUGCAGUGCGAAGGAGGAAAAAUUGCUGGGGGAGUUAGAAUUGAAGGGGGCUGGACGGCUGCGCCUCUUGCCAUUGGACCACUCCCCAGGCCUCCUUUGGUUCAGGAACGUCUGCCAGGUCACACCCCCUUUUAAAGGCAGUUGUGGGGGGGCUGGCCCUGCUGCCUGCGAUCUGCCUGCCUCUCCCCCACCUCCCCAAGCUGAAUUUUACGCAGCUGUCAAUCUGCUUUGGCUCUGCCCUGGACAGAGUUCAGUUGGUUAGAGUGUGGUGCUCACAACGCCAAGGUUGCAGGUUCGAUCCCUGCAUGGGACAGCUGCAAAUUCCUGCACUGUAGCAGGUUGGACUAGAUGACCCUCAGGGUCCCUUCCAACUCUGCAGUGGACCUUCGAGGCCUGGUUCUGUUAGCAUGCGUCUGUCCUUGGACACGUUUUGCCUUACCAGGAUAAGUUCACAUGCAUUAGAAAUGCCUUUACUAUUGCAAGAUCUUCCUUCUUGCUCUGUAAGGUUAAAGGGUUAGGAGCUUAGAUUCAGAAGUUGGUCCAUUUUAGCUCUGUUGGGGUAUCCAAUCACUGCUGUACCAAGUCUUGAUUUUCUUCAUCUAAUAAUUACUUGUCCCCCAAUACAUCUGAGGAGUUCUCUGUCUCUUUUUCCUGUCUGUUUUUCACGGCACCAUGUGUAAGAUUAUCGAAGCCCUCUCUUGUUUAGUCAGUACAGCACCUAAUUAUUUUUUUAAAAAAGGAAGCAACAACAGAUAUUUAAGUUGGAAAACUGCUCUGCGGAGAGGCAAGGCUGCUUCUUGAUGUCAUUGACACCCUGGGGGUGCAAGGCUGCCCCAUGGCGUCGCAGGCAACCAUUCUUGGGCCUCCUAGGUAGCCCCACCCUGACUCACACAGGCAGAAAGAGCUCUCUGCAGAGAGCCCAAGGUCGAGUGAGCGGCUCUUGCUUCUUGUAAAUUUCUAUCUAAACACUUCCCCAAAACACAAGAGUGGGUUGUGCAAGAUAGAUGUUGCACCAGCCGCCCUUAGUGGCAGGAGUUUGGGUGGUCACAUUUGGGCAGGGUAUAAACAAUAAAAUCAUUAUAAAUUAUUAUUAUUUCCAUGUCACAUACAUACCCUGCAAAGGCAAAUGGAAAUCGUCUUCCAUGACGUCUUCAGAACCAUCAAAAGCAUUUUAUCGCUUUCUCCCAAAAGCUGUCAGACAUCAGUGUGAGUUUUACAGCCCCCUAAACUGAUAGGAUUAAGGGGGGGGGGGUCACUCCAAAAUGAUUGUUUUUAAAGAGAACGUUGAUAUCAGUUUCUCUCUCAGUUUCUCAUUUCCCCCCAGUCUUGCUUCUCCUCAUUUUCACAUCACUUCGGAACUCACUAUUAUUAUUUAAAAAGUCCCCGUGAAAAUUCACCAGCCUUUUAGUGUGAAUUUCUCUGUGUAGACAAAAGCAUCUUUUCUGAACACAUUACCUGGCUGGAGAACGGUGUUGCAAAAUUCAGAGUAGUGCAAAUUCCCAAGCCGUCAAUGUAAGAUUUGGGGCUGUCUUCCACUGAAUUGCAAUUACUAUGUGAGCUGCCAAGAUCAUAUAUAAGACCAUCUAUUUUGACAAUAUAUAUACAUCGGCAAUGCUAAAGUAUUCUGGUGAUACGCCAUUUAAAGGGAUGGACUGGUAUCUGAAUGCAUCGGGGAUGGCUAAGUUUCUCUGUAGUCCUCGUGAAACAUAGGAAAAUAGGAAUAGAUUUAGGCUGAAUCAGACCAUUUUUUGAUACAUGGACAAACCCACCCAGCCAAACCUACCUAAGGAGAUGGAAGCUGGGAUGUUCUGCAUGCACCAUCAUAACAUACGUCAACGUUUCCCUUUUUUUAAGGGAAAUUCCCUUAUUCAGAAUAGGAUUCCUCGCAAGAAAAGGGAAAAGUUGACAGCUAUACAUGAGAAUCAUUAUUGAUUGUUAAAUUUGUAUGCUGCCCUUCAUCUGUAGGGCAGUUCAUAGAUCGCAGCAGCUCUGUUGUUGAGUUGUUGUUGUUGUUUAGUCGCUUAGUCGUGUCUGCCUCUUCGUGACCCCCUGGACCAGAGCACGCCAGGCCCUCCUGUCUUCCACUGCCUCCCGCAGUUUGGUCAAACUCAUAUUAGCAGCUUCGAGAACACUGUCCCACCAUCUUGUCCUCUGUCGUCCCCUUCUCCUUGUGCCCUCCAUCUUUCCCAACAUCAGGGUCUUUUCCAGGGAGUCUUCUCUUCUCAUGAGGUGGCCAAAGUAUUGGAGCCUCAGCUUCAGGAUCUCUCCUUCCAGUGAGCACUCAGGGCUGAUUUCCUUCCGAAUGGAUCGGUUUGAUCUUCUUGCAGUCCAUGGGACUCUCAAGAGUCUCCUCCAGCACCAUAAUUCAAAAGCAUCCAUUCUUUGGCGAUCAGCCUUCUUUAUGGUCCAGCUCUCACUUCCAUACAUCACUACUGGGAAAACUAUAGCUUUAACUAGACGGACCUUGGUUGGCAAGGUGAUGUCUCCCUGAAGAUAAAGUUCCAGUCCUCAUUAUUCCCAAACAGGGCUUGUUUAAACAGGAGCGUUUCCCUACCCCGAGUCAGAUUGUGGGUCUAUCUGUUGUUACCCUGACAGGUAGCUGUGGAUUUCUAGGGCUACAGGCAAGGGGCAUAGUACUCAUAGCUCAGUCGGUAGAGCUCAAAACCCUUAAUUUCAGGGCUGUGGGUUCAAGCACGGGGUAUGAGUAGGGGUGAAAAUUCAGUAGGGGUGAAAAUUAGGGAGAUGCUAUAUACUCCAGCAAUUAGUUUCUAACCAGGGUCAUCUCAACGCUCUUGGAAACAAUGGAUAGCUGGCUCGGUAGAGCAUGAGAUUCUUAUUCUCUCUUUUUUAAAAAUUGUCUUUCUCAUUCUCUCAUUUUACGUACAUUUUAACAAAGAAAAGCAAAUGUAUAUGAAAACAAUCUGCAUUUAUUUCAGCUUCCCUCCCCUCCUUUCUGCCAUUACAUAUUUUAUAUAUUUCCUCCACUGCAUAUCAAAUUUAUAUCCAAAUACUAAUAUCUCAUUAUUAUUCUUUUUUAUUUAUCUCUAGCUGCGCCAGUUUAUGGCACCCCUGCUAACUUUUUAAGUUGUUUAGAGUUGUAUCUUCAAAUAGUCAAUAUAUUUUCUCCACUCAGUCAUAAAAAAAUGUCUCUUAUUCUUAUUUCUUAUUCUUCUGGUAAGUUUUGCUAUUCCUGCAAAAUCCAUCAAUUUUAAUUGCCAAUCCUCUUUUGCUGGAGCUGUUUCUUCUUUCCACCUUUCCUAUUCUCAAGGUCAUUGGUUCGAAUCCCACGCAGGGUGAAAGAUUUCUGCAUUGCAGGGGGUUGGUCUAAAUGACCCUCGGGGUCCCUUCCAACUUUACAAAUCCAUGAUUCUAUGGAAGUUAGACUUGGGAGUCCAUCUAUAUUUUCCCACCAGUCAAUUUUACUAAAGUUUGAAAGAAAACAUACAAAGGCUUGUAACAAAUAUCCAUUUUUUAAGAAAUCCAACUUAAAACACUGAUCAAACCAAAAGAGGAACAGGGAAGGGGGAAAGAAGAAGAAAGAGAAAAUAAAAAGAUAAUGAACUUCCGAUUCUUUGUCUGUCUGCUAUGUAUAGAAAAGUAUUCAAACCAUCCGCUCCAACAAUUCCACUUUCUAUAAACCAAUAUUUUCUUCAGUCCACAAGCCCAGGCACCGUAAGUUCCUUUUCCUUUCCACGCAAGAAGUCUAUAAGGAGUUCCCAAUCUUUAGUAAACAUUUGACAGUGAUUUUACGGCAUAGCAAAGCUUUUAAAGGUGUGAUAUGUUAUGAUGUUUUUAUAAAUGUUGGAAGCGGCCCAGAGUGGCUGAAGCAAACCAGGCAGAUGGGUGGGGUACAAAUAAUAAAAUUAUUACUCUGAUUAAACAUGCCAGCCUUGCCAUCUCAGCUAAGUCCGAUAAUUUUAGCAAUCAUCUUGACAUCUGCAGUUCUGUGGCCUUCUGCAAGCUUGAGAGCCAGAGGUCCUACGUUGGGCAAAUCAGUGUUCUCUGGGAGGGUUGUUGCCCCCUGCCACUGGCCCUGAUCCUGGCGACGUCACUGCCAAAAGAUGGCAUUUUGGCACACGUUCUCGCUCUCCAGAGGGUCGAUUCCAAAAGAUCCCACCUGAGAAACGUCUUUGCCCCUGUGGAGAUGGUAGCACUGAAACAGCGGCACACGUCCUCCAGUCCUGUACUCUCUACAAAGACCUGAGGAACGAGAUCAUCGCCCCACUCGUACUAACCAUCCCAGGGCGCUUAGCCACUGCCACAAUGUCCUUUCUUCUAUCAGGUCAAAAUGAGCAGAUAACAGCAAAGGUUGCUAGGUUCAUAGCAGGGGCAAUCAGAAUCAGGACCACGGACAGACGGCUGAUUCAGGACUUUAAACUGUGCUCUUAUACCAAAUUUCCUUUUCUGCAUAUACUGUAAUGUUUUACUGCUGCUAUGGCCAUUGGCUACUGCAAAUAAAGUUUUAUCUUAUCUUGCUUAAUCAAAUCAUGAUUGGCAAGUCAAGAACAAAUCCCUCUCUCCCUCUCCAUCUAAGGAGAGAGGGAGCGUCACCUGCCAGCCCUCUACUCUCUGCGGGGGCCCAGACUCCCACCACCGCAUUUCCGAAGCGUGCCAGCGCUUGCAGGUCUGGCAAGAAGGAAUUUUGCCUUGUGGCUCUCCUCCACCACCUCCCUGCCCCCCUUCCAUUUCACACAAACACAUACUAAUCGGGUCACAUUUAUUUAUUUUGGAGAAACGUCUUUGUCGUCCGGCCUCACCAAAGGACACGGGAACCCUAUACCCAAACGCAUGCAGCAAUUGAGCAAGUCGAGAGAAACGUGAUAGUCCUGAGUUGAGCAGGAUUCUUCUGCGGGGGGAGUAGGAAUUCAAGGCUUGCGGGUGGCAACACGCCUCUUGCAAACAGCAGAUUUGGAGGGUAAGGCCCUGGGGCGCUCGCUGCCACUUGCUUUUGUCGUCUCUUCGCUCAGGACACGGCUGGGGUCUUUUAGCAGCGAAACGUGAGGUUGCCGAGGUCCAGAUUUGCAGGGAAGCUUCUGGGCUGCAGCUCAGCAUGCUCACUUUGCAUGCAGAAAGCCGAGGGCUUGGUUCCCAGUGCCUCCAGUUUGUGCUGGGAGUGGCCUCUGAGUCUGAAAGUGCGGAUGCUCCUGAGCUAGGAGGGCCAGGAAGUCUGGCUGUGGCCUAGGCCCAUUUCCUGCAUUCCCAUAUAUACCGUAUUUUUCGCUCUAUAAGACGCACCAGAUCACAAGACGCGCCUCGUUUUGGGAGGAGGAAAACAAGAAAAAAAAAUAUUCUGAAUCUCAGAAGCCAGAACAGCAAGAGGGAUCGCUGCGAAAGCAGCAAUCCCUCUUGCUGUUCUGGCUUCUGGGAUAGCUGCGCAGCCUGCAUUCGCUCCAUAAGACGCACACACAUUCCCCCUUACUUUUUAGGAGGGAAAAAGGGAGUCUUAUAGAGCAAAAAAUACAGUAUUUGGAACGAGGAGGACUAGAAACUUACUCUAGUUUUUUAGGGGAAGGUCAAUAGCUCAGUGACGGAGCACCUGCUUUGCACAUUUGUUGGGCAUCAUCUCCAGCCUGGGACUAGAAAGGACUCCCUUGCCUAAAAACCUGCAGAGAAUCGUAGACUUGGAAGGGACCAUGAGGCCAUCUAGUCCAACCCCCGGCAAUGCAGGUAUCUUUUGACCCAAUGUGGGGCUGGAACCCAUAACCUUGAGUUUAAGAGCCUCACGAUCCAUGGCCUGAGCUAUCCAGCUAGGCUUCCAACCACAGUUGAUGUAAACAGUGCCGAUCUGGGCAGACCAACAGUGACACACCCUGAGGCAGCUUCCUGUUUAACAAUGAGGACUAGAAUGUUGCUUUCUAAGGGAAGAGCUGUAGCCCUUGCCUGCUGCAACCCUGGAGAGAUGCUGUUAGUCAGAGUAGGCACUAUUGGGCUCGAUAGACCCAUUAGUCUGACUCAGUUAUAAGGUGGGAGUUCCUGGGAUGCUGACUUGAAAUGAUUCAAGGGCCUUUGGGGACGUGAACUCGGAAGAGCAUGCGACUCGUAAUCUCAGGGACAUGGGUUCGAGCGCCACAUUGGGGGGAGGGACUGGAUUGCAGGGAGUUGAACCAGAUGACCGUGGGGGUCUCUUCCAAUUCUAGACUUCUGUGUUUCUAUGAACUGUAAACUAUCCUGAUGGCCAAAACAGUUGUCACUCAGUAUGGAGCAGCAGCCUAUGGUCAUAAGAGACAGAAAGCACUUUGUACAUGCCUCGGAGCUUCCGUUCCAUGGCCAGCUUGAGAAAAAACCCCCAAAACCCCCAAAGCCCAGCGAAUGCUUGAAGAAGGAGAUUCAAACCUGGCGUUGAAUUGAAAAACAGCUACAGGUGAAACUCGAAAAAUUAAAAUAUCGUGGGAAAGUUCAGCAAUUCAACUUAAAAGGUGAAACUAAUAUAUGAGAUCGACUCAUGACAUGCAAAGCGAGAUGUGCUUCUACUUCUCAGAGGUCCAAUCUUGCUCGAUUUGCAAUCCUUGUUUUGCUGAUUUCCUUGAAUGUUCUAAUUUUCUGAGAUUGUUAAUUUGGGGUUUUCAUCAGCUGUACGCCGUGAUCAUCGCAAUGAUAACAAAUAAAGGCUUGACAUAUCUCGCUUUGCAUGUCACAAGUCGUAUCUCAAAUAUUAGUUUCACCUUUCAAGUCGAAUUAUGGAAAUCAAGGAACAUUUCCACGAUAUUCUUAUUUUUCGAGUUUCACCUGUACUUGCUGCCCUGCUGUAUUGAAAGCAUACAGGGUUUUUAAAAACAUAAUAAUAAUAAUAGAAAUGCAUUUGCAAAGAAAAACUUAACGCCGGCUGGGUGUGUUUUCCUAGGGUUGGUGCCCAACAAUACGUUCCUCAGAGGGGUUUAUUAAUAGCACGCUCCUUUGUUUUGGGAAUGAAUGGCUGGCAGAUGGUUUAGAUCAGAGCCACGCAGGAUUUGGCAGAAGCUCUGGAAAGCUGACGGGGACGGGAACUCCCAGCCGGGACCCACUCCUGGCAUUGGGGUGGGGGGGCCGGGCAGCAAUCUCCGCCUCCCCCCCCCCCCGAGAAAGGUGACCUUUGCUUGUGGGUUUAUCUGGUGGUGCCAGACGCGGUUGUGCUAAACUCACAAAGGCUAUUAUUGUUUAUUUGGAGCAUUUUUACCCUCUGCUUCUUUCAUCAAGAAAGGCUCCCAGAACGGCUCACAUGCAAUCAGUUAGAACAAGGCAGUCCCUGCCCGCACAGGCGUACAAUCUAAAACUGAUGCAACACGCAAGGAAAAUAGACAGGGAGGGAAGAGGAAAGCAUCAAACUUGGGCACCUUUCCCCCCGCCAAUAAUUUUUUAAUUCAUUUUCAAAUUUAUAACACGUCAAAACCAAAUUAAAAUUAAUUUAGUACAAUUAGUUCCAAACUGUUUUCUCACUCUCUCAGAUGUAUUCCGAUUUAUCCCUUUACAUGCUGCUUCCUUUACAGGUUUAUUGACAGUCUUAAAAUUUAAUUUUUUUUUUUUUAAAGCAAAUUCCUCGUCCUUCGGCUGUCCCUUUACGAACUCCUGUAAAUAGACAAAACAAAAUUAUAUCAAAUAACAGAAAUUGAGGUUACAGUAAUUUAAAUCUUUCAUUCUUCUUUCCAACUUUCGUGCAGUUUCAGUUUCUUUCAGUCUCUGUCUGCUCUUAACCUGUUGAGGUUUUUUUAACAUUCUUGACUCACUUACAUCCAUUAAUUUCAGUGGGCUUACUCUGCGUAAAAUGUAGCUGGCCACAAUCCGUGAUAACUUGUAACACAAACUCCCAAACUCAACCUGUCUUGCUAUCCUUAGCUGAUUCUAAUUGUUUUAAUUACAGGUUUUUUGUUACUAAUUUUGAGCAUUUCUUGCAAAUUGCUUUAAGCUUUAGUCGCAAUCAGGCAACAUGUAAAUCUGGUUAAAAUGAACAGGAAGGCCAGACUCCCACAUAACAACAGAGUUAGUUAUAAGAAAGAGAAAUUGAGGCUUGAGAGUGUAUUUGUUUAAAAUAUGAGUUGGGCAAAAUAAAUUUCCUUGUGAAAACAUUAAUUUCUUAGAAACAUUGUAGUCGUGUUUUGUUUUUAAAGGACAUUCACAACCCAAGGCUUUGGUCAGUCACAAGUGCAAACUUCAGCAUAAGUAUGCCUGGACUGGUCUGCUUAUUUAACUUACAUGCAGAAUUCAUCAUGCGAAAGGCUGGACUGGAUGAAUCCCAAGCCGGAAUUAAGAUUGCCAGAAGAAAUAUCAACAACCUCAGAUAUGCAGCUGACACAACCUUGAUGGCAGAAAAUGAGCAGGAAUUAAAGAACCUUUUAUUGAGGGUGAAAGAGGAGAGCGCAAAAUAUGGUCUGAAGCUCAACAUCAAAAAAACGAAGCUCAUGGCCACUGGUCCCAUCACCUCCUGGCAAAUAGAAGGGGAAGAAAUGGAGGCAGUGAGAGAUUUUACUUUCUUGGGCUCCAUGAUCACUGCAGAUGGUGACAGCAGUCACGAAAUUAAAAGACGCCUGCUUCUUGGGAGAAAAGUGAUGACAAACCUAGACAGCAUCUUAAAAAGCAGAGACAUCACCUUACCAACCAAGGUCCGUAUAGUUAAAGCUAUGGUUUUCCCAGUCGUGAUGUAUGGAAGUGAGAGCUGGACCAUAAAGAAGGCUGAUCGCCGAAGAAUGGAUGCUUUUGAAUUCUGGUGCUGGAGGAGACUCUUGAGAGUCCCAUGGACUGCAAGAAGAUCAAACCUCUCCAUUCUGAAGGAAAUCAGCCCUGAGUGCUCACUGGAAGGACAGAUCAUGAAGCUGAGGCUCUAAGACUUUGGCCACCUUAUGAGAAGAGAAGACUCCCUGGAAAAGACCCUGAUGUGGGGAAAGAUGGAGGGCAGAAGGAGAAGGGGACGACAGAGGACGAGAUGGUGGGACAGUGUUCUUGAAGCUACCAGCAUGAGUUUGACCAAACUGCGGGAGGCAGUGGAAGACAGGAGUGCCUGGCGUGCUCUGGUCCAGGGGAUCAUUAAGAGUCGGACAUGACUAAACAACUCAACAACAACAAACAACAACAAAAAUGCCAGAACUGGAAACCAAGUAUUGCUGAUGUAUCUAUGAAAACCUUUAUUAGAAUGGACUGGUUCACACCAGAUUUCUUUUUUCCCAUGUGAGUGCUCCAGGCUGUCACCACCACCAUGUUCAUAUGGACAAAAAAUGUGUAAAAAUAAGCAAUCAUACAGUCAGCAGCAUUCAACCUAAUGUGAUUUCCACCCCGCCCCCCCAACAGCUAUACAAUAAGGCUGUAACUUUGAUUGCUUUUAUACAUUGUUUGGCUUCAUAAGUAUGCACUCAGGAAUGAUCGUGAUAACUCAUGCAUCUAAAAAUGUAUUUUGUGAACCAGCCCUAAGAUUCUUUGCGGUAUAGAAGAAUGCAUUUAUGAAGACGUGGAAUAAAAAUCCAUCCCAAAGGAGGCUUCCAAACUGGGCGCCAGCUAGAGGUUUUGCGCUACAACUCCCAACAGUUCGGGGUUCAUUAUAAAGACAUGCUUUGCUAGUGUUGGUGGGAGUUAAUGGAUGACCCUUGGGGUCCCUUCCAACCUCUGUUUUUUAAAAAGGCCAUCUGUCAGGGAUUCUUUUGCCUCGAUUCCUGCAUUUGAGGGGGCUGGACUAGAUGACCCUGGGGGGUCCCGUCCAUCUCUGUGAUUCUAUAAACGCAGCCUGGAGUCAUAUGUCUGGCAGGCUCAACAGGAGGCUUUGGAUGGUGGUACCUCGGCAAACUAUUUUUACCAGGGCAUUGGCUGAGCCCUCUGGGAUCAGCUCCCCCAGCCCUUCAGCCCAGCAUCCUGUUCUGGGACGCAGCCAAUCAGCUGCUCCAACAGGAAGGCCAAAAAAUGACCAGCCUGUCACCUGUCCCAUUCCCCCCCCCCACCGCCUAUUUCAAGGUAUGCUGCCCCAUGAAACAAUCGGGUUUGGUGUCAGAGCACGUCGGCCAUAACUCACACAGCGUCAGUUAACUCUCUUUAUUCCAAGAAAUAAAACAGUUCCAGAGACCAGGCCUAGUGAGCGCAGCAAUUCUUCCUUGUAGAUCAGGGGUCAGCAACCUUUUUCAGCUGUGGGCUGGUCCACCGUCCCUCAGACCAUGUGGUGGGCCGGACUAUAUUUUGUUUCUAAUAAUAAUAAUAAUAAUAAUUUAUUAUUUAUACCCCGCCCAUCUGGCUGGGCUUCCCCAGCCACUCUGGGCGGCUUCCAAAAAAAUAUUAAAAUACUGUAAUACAUCGAACAUUAAAAGCUUCCCUAAACAGGGCUGCCUUCAGAUGUCUUCUAAAAGUCUGGUAGUUGUUCUCUUUGACAUCUGGCGGGAGGGUGUUCCACUGGGCGGGCGCCACCACCAAGAAGGCCCUCUGCCUGGUUCCCUGUAACUUGGCUUCUCGCAGGGAGGGAACCGCCAGAAGGCCCUCAGCACUGGACCUCAGCAUCCGGGCAGAACAAUGGGGGUGGAGACGCUCCUUCAGAUAUACAGGACCGAGGCCAUUUAGGGCCUUAAAGGUCAGCACCAACACUUUGAAUUAUGCUCGGAAAUGUACUGGGAGCCAAUGUAGGUCUUUCAAGACCGGUGUUAUAUGGUCUCGGUGUUAUAUGGUUUUUUUAUGAAUUUUUUUUACUCAUUUUAUAACACAAAUAAAUAAACACGAACAGAAAAGACAAACAAUACGAACAAAUUCUUGUCAUAUUCUUAUUUUUCUAAACAUUGUUAAGUGGGCUUCCCCAAGUCCCACCUAUCUGAUUUUCAUUUUACUUCAUCUUUAGCAGUUUACAUAUAUCAUAAUUUCUAACCAUCUUUUUUUUUUUUAAUCACAUUUAAAAUAACUUCACAUUUUAUCACUUACAAAUAAUACUAUUUUAAAAUACCCUAUCUUCUACUUCUAACACUACAGCCUAUAUCCACUUCCAAAGCUAUUCUAAUGUUUAAAUAUUAACAUAUUUUUUCAAAUAUUCCUUAAACUUCUUCCAGUCUUCUUCCACCGUCUCUUCUCUCUGGUCUCGGAGUCUCCUGGUCAGUUUGGCAAGUUCCAUAUAGUCCACGGACUAUAUUUUGGAGGGGGCGGAAUGAACGAAUUCCACAAAUAACCCAGAGAUGCAUUUUAAAUAAAAGGACACAUUCUACUCAUAUAAAAACACGCUGAUUCCCGGAUCGUCUGUGGGCCGGAUUUAGAAGGCGAUUGGGCCGGAGGUUGCCUACCCGUGUGGUAGAUCUUGCCCCAGUGAGGACUGGAGGUCCCUGCUUUCCCACAGCUCCUUAAUUUUCCUCCUUCCUAAGCAAUCUGAGACUUUGCCUCACAUCUGCCUUUGCUCCUCACACCUCUUCACACCUCUUCUGGUUCUGGGAGACCAUCAGGGAGGGGAGCUGGUCACAGCAGGAGGGGGAGACCCCCUGGCUUCUUCAGCAGCCUACCUCAUCUCUGUCUCUUGCCCCCCUCCACCUCUGAAUCUGGACUGCUCUCUACCACAGACUCUCCCUGCUCUCUAAACCCUGUUGCCUCUUCAGCUUCCGACACCUCCACCUCCCAGUCUUCUCCCUCUGACCGCUUAUUGUCAUCCCACCACCAGCCGCCUGGCUCAGAGCCUUCUUCCCCUGGGGGUUCCCUUGAAGAAGAAGAAGAGUUUGGAUUUGAUAUCCCUCUUUACCACUACCUGAAGGAGUCUCAAAGCGGCUAACAUUCUCCUUGCCCUUCCUCCCCCACAACAAACACUCUGUGAGGUGAGUGAGGCUGAGAGACUUCAGAGAAGUGUGACUAGCCCAAGGUCACCCAGCAGCUGCAGGUGGAGGAGCAGCUGCUGGGGAACCUUGGGGGUUCCCCAGCUGGUGCCUCCCACUGCUCUUCUGCAUCCAGCCAAUCCAUGACAACUGCCUGUCUCCACCUCUCCCAGGUCUUUCCCAAUCAAUCAGAGACUAUGCCUGCCUGCAGCCAACCUCUCCUCCGCCCUUUUCACGCCUCUCCUGGUUCUGGCGGACAAGAUGGGAAGGGAGUUUGUCACAGCAGACGGAGGAAACAUCCAUGACUCUUCACCAGGUGGACUCAUCUCUGCCUCUUGGCUUUCCUCCUCUCCUGUUUCGGCUUCUGCUGAUUAUUCUGGACUUCUCUCAUAAGGUCCAGUCGUGGUGUAGUGGUUAGUGUGUCAGUCUAGUACCUGGGAGAGACCAGGGUUCGAAUCCCCCCACUCUGCCCUCAAGGUGUGACCUUGAGCCCGCCGACAUCACAGGGCUGUUGUGAAGACAAAACAGUGCAGCGCCUCAAGAUGAGAAAUUAAACAUUUUUUAAAAAGUGGUAGAGUCCUCCCUCCUGGUUCAGGACUCUACCACCUCCUUUGAGCACAAGGCCAGGCCAGGCAGACUCUGGCUUCCCGUUGCGUCUUGCGGGGUGUCUUUUCUCUGUCUGGCCUGGCCAUUCCCGGAAGGGAGAAUCAAGGACCCCAUGUGGAAUUAAUUCCUUCUUAGUCAGCCACACUCUGGCGAAGCUCAUCCUGUUCUGAGUUCCUAUUUAAAGAACAUUUGACCUUUCUAUGCAUACCCUGGGAAGGAGGGUUGUGGAGGGAAGGCUGUCCCAAAGUGUUGCAGCGCACAGCAGAUUGCGAUGUGUGUGUGUCUUGAAAAACAAGUAUUUCCUCCUGGGGGCAGGUGGUGUCAGUCGGGGAAAGUCUGAUCAUUAUUAAACUGUUUUGUUUCUUGUUCUUCUUGGUUGUUGUUGUUUUGGCCAAUUAUAUUUUUAUUGCUUUUUCAAAAAAUUUACCACACUGACAGCAAAUUAAUUCAAAUUUAAUACAAAUUUAACAGCUGACUCCCUGCCUCAUUGCUUCCCCAACCCACCCUUAUUUUCUGCCCAAUAUUACAUGCAUUUCCAAAUUGCAUUUUAAAAAACGUAUUUUAGCAUUUUAUCCUCUCCCCCCCCCCCCAUUGUUAAAUCUUUUACAUGCCCUUUGAGAGCAGGUCUCAGGGAGGGUUGCAAGCAUUUAAAAAUUCAGAAUUUUAAAUGCUCCUGUUUGGGUCCUGUAAUCUGAUCGUCUGGGAUGUUCCUGACCUGGCAACCCCUGACAAACUCUGCAAGUGUCCCUAUUUUCCAGGAACAGCCCCAGAUUCUCAGAAGCCGUCCCAGUUUCUGAUUUGAUCCUGGAACGUCCUGCUUUUCCUUAAGAUGUCCCUGUUUUCCUCGGAGAAAUGUCUGGAGAUAUCUGACCUCUGAGCCAAAGAGAUACGUAACUAGACAACCUUUAGAAGAUAUCUGAAGACAGCCCUGUUUCAUGUUUGAUUGUGUUUUUAUGUAUGUUGGAAGAGACCCAGAGUAGCUGGGCAAACCAAGUCAGAUGGGCAGGGUAUACAGUGGUACCUCGGGUUACAUACGCUUCAGGUUACAGACUCCGCUAACCCAGAAAUAGUACCUCGGGUUAAGAACUUUGCUUCAGGAUGAGAACAGAAAUCGUGCUCCAGUGGCGCGGCAGCAGCAGGAGGCCCCAUUAGCUAAAGUGGUGCUUCAGGUUAAGAACAGUUUCAGGUUAAGAACGGACCUCCGGAAUGAAUUAAGUUCUUAACCUGAGAUACCACUGUAAAUAAAACUACUACUUCUUCUUCUUCUUCUUCUUCUUCUUCUUCUUCUUCUUCUUCUUCUUCCUGUUACUAUUAUCAUUAUUAUAUUGAAUAAAGGUAAAGGUAAAGGUAAAGGGAUCCCUGACCGUUAGGUCCAUAGCUGUCAACUUACAGAUUUGAAAAUAAGGGACCAGCAGCCUUGAAAAUAAGGGACCAGCAGCCAAAAUAAGGGACCUGCAGCCUUGAAAAUAAGGGACCAGCAGCCUUGAAAAUAAGGGACCAGCAGCCAAAAUAAGGGACCUGCAGCCUCACCUGUUCCAGGCACUCCAGUCUUCCUGUCCUCCUGCAGUCUGGUCAAACUCAUGCUGGUAGCUUUGAGAACACUGUCCAACCAACUUUGUAACCAGAGGUUCAACUGAAUAGAAUCUGAAUCACUUGCACCACAAGGCCUAUGCAGCCUCAACUUAAGAUGGCUCCCCGGCCUGGCUUUGCACUGCAAAGUUUGCAACAGCACGUGCAACAAAAUGGCGUCCAGCAUUCAAAAACCCCCUCAUCUUGCAUUAACUAGCCACACACAAGGCAUGCAAGCUCCACCCCCCAGUCGUUCUUAGACUUCUUAUUGGAUGAGCAACACAGCCAAGCAACACAGUUGGAGCCUCCCUCCUCCCUGGCCGGCAGGGAGGAAGGGAGAGGAGCUGCUUCCUUUGAAAUUUAAGGGACAUCAUUUAAGGGACAUUUAAGGGACAUCCAUCAAUAAGGGACAGCAGCGGGACAUGGCGCUGGAAUAAGGGACUGUCCCUUCAAAUAAGGGACACUUGACAGCUAUGGUUAGGUCCGGUUGUGACCGACUCUGGGGUUGCGACGCUCAUCUCGCUUUAUUGGCCGAGGGAGCCGGCGUACGGCUUCCAGAUCAUGUGGCCAACAUGACUAAGCCGCUUCUGGCAAAACCAGAGCAGCGCACGGAAACGCCAUUUACCUUCUUGCUGGAGCGGUACCUAUUUAUCUACUUGCACUUUGACGUGCUUUCGAACUGCUAGGAAGGUCAAAGGUAAUUAUGGGGUUGCAGUGCUCAUCUCGCUUUCAGGCCAAGGGAGCCGGUGUUUGUCCACAGGCAGCUUUCCGGGUCAUGUGGCCAGCAGGACUAAAACACUUCUGGGGCAACGGGACACCGUGACGAGUGCCAGAAUGCACAGAAAUGCCAGUUACCUUCCCGCCGGAGUGGUACCUAUUUAUCUACUUGCACUUUGACUUGCUUUCGAACUGCUAUGUUGGCAGGAGCUGGGACAGAGCAACGGGAGCUCACCCCAUCACAGGGAUUCGAACCGCUAACCUUAUGAUCUGCAAGCCCAAGAGGCUCCAUGGUUUAGACCACGGUGCCACCCACGUGCCGGGUGUGCCCUAACACUAGAACUGCUGGGCAUCCAGCAAAUCUGAAUGUUGGCCCAGGAUUGUGGAGCAACAGUCUUGGGUGUUGCAAGGAGGCCCCUGUUUUCCUCCGAUUAAAUUCAGGCUCUGAGUCUCCAGGACACCUGUCCCCUCUCCCCUUAAUCACCUUCCAUUGCCCAGGGAGCAGGCGUAAAUUCUCUCAGAGAGACAGAUACAUUUAUUGGCCUUCCCAGAGAGAGCAAAAGAUUUAAGGCACCUCCUUUUGUGUUGGCAUCAAUAUAACCUAUUAGGGGGAACGACUCCUUAAGUGCUGAUGAAUGAAAUAUUUACCUAGCCACAGAGCAGGGAGGGCUAUGGUUUUCCCAGUAGUAUGUAUGGAAGUGAGAGCUGGACCAUAAAGAAGGCUGAUCGCCAAAGAAUGGAUGCUUUUGAAUUCUGGUGCUGGAGGAGACUCUUGAGAGUCCCAUGGACUGCAAGAAGAACAAACCUCUCCAUUCUGAAGGAAAUCAGCCCUGAGUGCUCACUGGAAGGACAGAUCCUGAAGCUGAGGCUCCAAUACUUUGGCCACUUCCUGAGAAGAGAAGACUCCCUGGAAAAGCCCCUGAUGUUGGGAAAGAUGGAGGGCACAAGGAGAAGGGGACAACAGAGGACAAGAUGGUCGGACAGUGUUCUCAAAGCGACUAACAUGAGUUUGACCAAACUGUGGGAGGCAGUGGAAGACAGGAAUGCCUGGCGUGCUUUGGUCCAUGGGGUCACGAAGAGUCGGACACGACUAAACGACUAAACAACAACAACAGAGCAGAGAGGGAACCGGCUGAGGUUGGGGUGACCUGGUUUCCGGAGUGUGUGUGGGCCAUGGGCCAAAGCAGCCCCACCAGAAAGGCCUCGCUGACCCCUUUUCCAUGCUCUUGGUAUAUAAAGCCAUAGAAUCAUUGAUUUGGGAGACACCCAAGAAUCAUCUAGUCUAACGCCCCGCCAUGCAGGAAUCUUUUGCCCAGCAAAUUGAGCAACACCUGCAAUUUCUGUGGCUGAAACUUUGACCGCACCCACAACUUCCAUUUCAAGUGCUAUGGCGUUGCUUGAAGCAGACGUGGCUCCCCUACCCCACCAGAAUCCUGGGAGUUAUAGUUUGCUGAGGGUGCUGAGAGUUGUUAGGAGGCCGUAAGAACAUGAGAAAGCCUGCUGGGUCACUUUCCAACUCGCAUUGGAAGGAGAAAGCACACAGGGGAAAGUGCCCCCCCCAUCUCUCAUAUCACCAGAAUUCGUGGGCCUGCAGUGAAGCUGAAAGUUGGAAAAUUCAGGACAGGUAAAACCAGGGGCAGAUCCGCUAUGAAAAGAAUGGAACUUAAGCUUCAGGGCUCCUAAUCUACCUUAGUCCACAUUGCUUAAAAAUUGUGCUUUAAAAACUGCAUCCCUGGUUCCCCCUGAUUUUAAUCCACCCCCCAUAACUCGGAAAAUAUAAGGUGUAAGAAUUUUUUCAUUAACACCAGUGACUUUAACAUGUGAGAUAACCCAGUGCAGCAAUUUAAAUCAAAAUCUGAAAUGAUGUAUUGAAUUGAAUUGAAUUGAAUUGAAUUGAAUUGAAUUGAAUUUUAUUAUUACGGUCACAGACCAGUUCCAGCUCACUUACAAUAUCAGGAAAAUCAUAAAACAGGAAUACACUGAAUUGCAAUUGGGUAUAACAGAGACAAUUCAGAUAUAGCGGCAGUUAAAAAUAUAUAUUAAAUAUUGAACAUUAAAAUAUAACCUAAAAUUGUCAUUUAAAACAUUAGUCAUUUUGGUAGUACAGCUUGUUCCCUAAGUUUUAUGGCAGUCGCACUUCCGGGGUGGCGCCAUCGGCAAUGGCGGAUUCCCUCUGAACUGGAGGGACCAGCUCCACGGGGAUCGGGUCCUUUCCGCUACGGCGAAGCGGGGACCCAUUCAAAAAUCACAGGCGGAUGAAGCCUGUGACCAUGGGACUUGGCAGGCACCCAUAGCGCCCCCCCAACCCGCAAAGGAACCCACUAACGGGCUCCGAAGCGAAGAGGGGGAAGUGGCGCGGUGCUGAGAGUCAACUGCUUCUUCCGUGGAGCGAAGCUGCACAGCCGUUGCCGGAGAGCGCUGCCUUUUUCCUGGGACAAUCUGGCUUCUAAAAUAAUCACCCGUGAGUACCUAAACUUGGAUAAUUGGACUCUAAAUAAGGACUUGUGAGCUGAAAGGAAAAUUGAACUUAAAAGUCUACCUUAAUUUGGCGCUGAAACGGGAAGGUCUAAACAGGAAGUCAGCCUUCCGUUUCUUUGUAGAUAGAUUAAAGCAAAGACAUGGCAAACUAGAGCUCAGAAAAUCGUCUGUAAAAGAUUAACUUUCAUCAUCUAAGAUUGUUGAACCCCCUUCGGAAGCAGGAGAAGAGGGGGGAUUUUUUUGGACUGUUUAAACCUGCAGAAGUGAGGGUAAAGUAAAGUAACUUUCCACCGUCCUGAUCCUGGAGCGGGGUGUUAGGACUGACGUUUUUUGAAGCUCAUUGACCAGAGACAACGUUUUUGACAGAUAGCUAUAAGAAGAGAAACUUUGACUCCAUUGUUCCCCUUCGCUUCUUAAAGGAACAAAUAUUGACAAAAUAUCUGAAAAAGGAAACUUUUGUUGCUAGACUUGUCUUUAAAAGAAAGAACAAAUAGAAGUUUUCCCCCUAAAGGGAGACUGUGAAACUGUAACCAACUCUGGGGAGCUGGCAGCUGUUACAGAUUACAAUCGUGGGAACAGACAUCUGACCUUGCAGGACAAUGUAUUCAGAAGCUCUGUUGUGUGCUUUCUAUAAAACAAAUGCCCUACUGGAACAGCUACAUGAGAAGACGAAUUUAAUGGCUGAUUCGAUUAGAAAUUUUGAGCAGGCAGUGGGAAACUUUGAACAGGCAGUGGGAAACUAUGUGGAGCCCACCCAGGAAUUAAAUCAGGAGUGUGCCCUGACAGAACAGGCCCAACAGGAACAUGAGCUUUCGGAUUUGACAAAUGAACUUGGAAAAAGCCAGAUUUGGAAAGAAAAAGUUUGGUUUGGUUUGGAAAUGGGGGGUUGGAUAGACCCCCCUAUGCAGGGAUAUUUGGACUUUUCAAGUCUGGCAAUGGGCCGUGAGAUGUCUGGGAUUGUGGGGGCUCCUAAUUUUGGAGGAAUUUUGAAACAUGUUCUUAAAUAUCACAUGGAAUUUAGUGUGGAUUAUGGAAAAGGGGCUGAUCUGUCGAGAAGGGUCAAAAAUAUUGUUAAGCUGGAGUUCCUACGAGUGAAACGAGCAGGAGACAAGGGAAAAUACAGUUACAAAUAUGAAGAGGAGCUGCGGAAGGGACAUGGAAGAGACUUAAGGGCCUCGGCUAUAAGGUUACCAGGCUAAUGCGCUAGAUCGAUGGGAUAAUAAGGACUGACAAACCCGGGACCAGGAGGAAGGGACGCUGGAUGAAGAUUGGAUUUUUUUUUUCUACUACUAGGAUUGUUUUUUAAAAUUGAUGAAUGUUAGAAAAAUGUUGGAAUGAAAUUACUUGGCUUUAGUAAAAAUGUUUAAAGAAUUAUGUAAGAAUAUUAUGGUUAUGAGAAGUUGGUAAAAAUAAGAUUUAAGUUUUAAGUUUCAAGGUUUUUUAUAGUAAGAUAAGAUUAAAAUAGUUUAAGGUAAUGUAAUGACAGAAUUUUAUGAAAUAUGGAAAGGAUUUGCUGCAACAAUUAACAACUAGGAUACAAAAAAAGGGAGGAGGAGGAGGUCAAAGAAAGAAGGUAAUGACAGUUGAGGAUUUGAGAAUAAUGGAUUUGUUUUUAAAUGUUUGCGGUGUUUUUUUUUUUUAAUUUGUAUUGUGGGUUGUGGUUUGUGUUUUUCUCUGUUCUUUCUUUGUUCUUUUUUUUGUAACUCUAACUCUAAAAAAAAAAAUUUUUUUCCCCAAUAAAUAUCAUUUAAAAAAAAAAAAAGUUUUAUGGCAGUCGCACAGAAUUUGGCCCCCCUUAGCAUGAUCUCUAGAUCCUUGUAGGUGAUGUAGAUAAUAAUAAUAAUAAUAAUAAUAAUAAUAAUAAUAAUAAUAAUAAAGUGGCAGUCUGUUGUGGCUCAACCCCUUUAAGAAGAUAACGGUGGUUACCCCGACCUUGUUGCUUGUUGCAAAGGGUCCCCCCAAAUGUAGGUUUGCCACCGGGUAAAAGGAAGUCCUUCUUCAUGCAGUGCAUCUUUAAACUGCGGACCUCACUGCCACAUGAGGCAGCGACGGCCACUGAUCUUGAUGGCUUUGGAAGGGGAUUGGACUAAUUUGUGGAUGAGGAGAGAGCUAUCGAAUGCUACCAGUGGGUGAAUCCCAGUUGCUGGAAACCACAGGAGGGAGAGCUGCUCUUGUGUUUAAAUCCUGCUCGUGGGUUUCCAUUAAUGGGCAUCUGGUUGGCCACUGAGAGAAUAGGAUGCUGGACUAGACGGGCCAUUGGCCUGAACCAGCCGGCUCUCCUUUGUUCCUACGAGUGGAACGGAAAAGAAUCUGAGUUCCUUUGGCGGCCUUAACCCUUUUCGUUCCCCAGGGACCAGCAGAUUAAUCAGGCUAAUAAGAGUAAUUUAUCCAGCGGUGCAGCAGCCGGGAGAGCAGGGAAGCGACCCCAUGAAAUAUUCAAGCCUGUGCCACCGUAACAAUAAAUUAAGGAAAAGUAAUUAAGCAUCACAGCAGAGAGGAAACGAGAAAGCAAGGUGGGGCGGGGGCACAGAUGACCAUCUGACUCUCUCCGUUUGUGGAUGCAGAAUCCUAGAAUGAUAUAAUUUUGCUCCAGGUUGGCUUGUGCCCUUUCAGGGCAAGAACUAUAGAAUUAUAGAACUGGAAUGGAGGAAUAUGCAGCUGGAUCAAACCUGCAGCCUUGGCGUUAUCGGCACUGCGCUCUAACCAGUUGAGCUACUAGCCAAGGCAUUCUUAGAAGCCAGGGGGGCCAGAACCAUUGACAGGAGGAGUCAACCCAUUAUAGGUUUGUGCCCAUACUCCUGCUCCUCAAGGGGAAAAACUGAGGCCUCGUCUGCACUCUGCAUCUGAAUAAGUAUCCUAGCGAUGGCUUCCCCCCCAAAGAAUCCUGGGAUGUGUAUUUCGUUCAGGGUGCUGAGAAUCACUGGAACUGCUCGCAGGUACAAAUAUUUUGGAAAUUUCUCUAGGCUACUAUUUCUGAUGUGCUAGGAUAUCACAUACUCGCUUUUCCUACUCGCUUUUCUGAAGGGUAUUAUCCAGGAAAAUGAUCGAGAAAUAGCCGCCAGCCUUAUAACUGCUACAAAGAUUACUUGAAAAAAUUAAAAAUUUGUCCAGUAGCACCUUAGAGACCAACUAAGUUUGUUCUUGGUAUGAGCUUUUGCGUGCAUGCACCCUUCUUCAGAUACACUGAAACAGAAGUCCCCAGACCCUUAUAUAUAGUGAGAGGGUGGGGUGGGGUUUUUCUCAGAAGGGUGGUAGGAGAUGGGUGAUUGACUCAAUGGGUAUGGUAAACCUGUUGACGACUGUUAAUGACUGCAAUUAGUCCUACAAGAAAAAGCAAGGGAUAGUAUGUAGAUGACCAAAAAUAGCUUUAGCAUAUGUAAUGAGACAAGAAUCCAAUACUGUAUCUCAAUUCAGACCAGGCCUCUCCAUAGUUUUCAGUUUAGCAAUAAGUUGUAAUUCAGCAACUUCUCUUUCAAGUCUAUUUCUGAAAUUCUUUUGUAAUAAGACAGCUGCUUUGAGAUCCUGGGAGAUUGAAGCUUCUCUGUCUUGUGAUUCCGAUGUCAGAUUUAUGUCCAUUUAUCCUUUGGCGUAGGGUUUGGCCUGUUUGUCCAAUAUAGAGAGCUGAAGGGCACUGCUGGCAUUUGAUGGCCUACACAAUGUUGGAAGAUGAGCAAUUAAAUAGACCUGAGAUGGUAUGUUUGAUGUUGUUGGGUCCAGUGAUGGUGUUGUCCAGGUGUAUGUGGCAACAAAGUUGGCAUCUGGGUUUGUUGCAUGUUAAGUCUUGUCCAUGUUAAGUCUGCUUGCUGUAUUAUUGUGGGUGAGGAGUUGUUUAAGAUUGGGUGGCUGUCUGUAGGCAAUGAAAGGUCUUCCUCCCAGAGAUUGAGAAAGAGAACUGUUGUUGUCUAGGAGAACUUGUAGAUCUCUGAUGAUGCAUUGAAAUGGGAGCUGUAUGUGAUUACUAGUGGUGUUCUGUUAUUUUCUCUUUUGGGUCUGUCUUUCAAUUUCCUUUCAAUUUUUUUUUUAUUCAUUUUAUAACAGAAAUAAACAAUACAAACAGAAAAACAAACAAUACAAACGAAUUCUUGUCUUAUCCUUAUUUUUUCUAAACAUUGUUAGGCGAGCUUCCCCAAGUCCCGCCAUCUGAUUUUCAUUUUACCUCAUCUUUAGCAGUUUCAUAUAUCUUAAUUUUUAACCUUUUUUUUUUAAUCACACUUACUUUUACCAUGGUCAGGGGUCCCUUUACUUUUACCAUAAAAAUCUUCACAUUUUAUCACUUACAAAUAAUACUAUUUUAAAAUACACUAUCUUCUACUUCUAACCCUACAGCCUAUAUCCACUUCCAAAGCUAUUCUAAGAUUUAAAUAUUAACAUAUUUUUUCAAAUAUUCUUUAAACUUCUUCCAGUCUUCUUCCACUGUCUCUUCUCUCUGGUCUCGGAGUCUCCCAGUCAGUUCGGCAAGUUCCAUAUAGUCCUCUUUUGGGUCUGUCUCUGGCUUUGUUGAUCUGUUGUUUAACUUACUUGGUUAGCCAAAGGCCUGGUUAGACUCAGAGUUGGAAGGGACCUCAGAGCUCAUUUAGUCCAACCCCCGUAAUGCAGGAAUCUUCUGCCCAACAUGGGGCUCAAACCCACAACCCUGAGAUUAAGACCCGUGGAUUAAGUCUCAUGCUUUACCAACUGAGCUAUCCCAGAUAAGUAACAAUUGGGAGGGUGUGUGCAGAGUAUAUCUGUAUGCUAAUAGGUUUUUUGGGGGGUGGGAUCCGGUCUGUAGGAACAAUGAUUAAGUAAACCUAUUACACAAUAAUGCACAUAAAUAAACCUAACAGGUUUCUGGGGAAAUGGGUUUUUUGUUUUUCUUUUUUUGCAAUGCUUUUGGAACCGUACCUUUAGUGCUAAUGUUCAACCUUAUGCUGCUUUCAACCUGAUGUAACAUUAUUAAUGCUUUUUAUGGGUGUUUAGCAAAUCAUAAAAAUGGGAUGGGGGGGCGGAUUUCCCAAUUUAAGGAUGGGGGGUGCGGGAGAAGCCAGUUCCACGUUACAGUUUGCUAGGUAAGAGGCCGAACAACCGAACAGCCAAUAUUACAAAGCAUUUAUAUAAAUCUGUGGUCUCACUGCGCUCAUAAUGCUGUGUUCUGCAGUCCUGAUCUGAUAUUGCAGAGCUACAGAGUUGGUUCAGGAAAGGGCAGGCGAAAAUGCUCAAAGGCGUUGGAAACAAACUCCCUGUGAGGAGAUGAGGGAUUUGUUGUUUGCAGAAAGAAAGGGAAAAGGCAAGUUAGGAGGAACUUGACCCAGGUGUAUUAAACGAAGCAGUGGUUGGAGAAAGUGGUUUUUCUUCUUCUUCUUCUUCUUUUCCUGUCUCUCCCAAAACACUGGAAGCCACUCAGGGAUCAGCCAGCGAAGGGGAGCGAAGGGAAAAGAUUUCCUCACACAUGCAGUGCAUAGGUUUAAAGAACUCUGGAGUUUUUCUGCCGCUGCCAUGGGAGUCUAUCUGAGAACACCUAGGCAAGGGGGAAGAGAUACGAAGGUCUUGUUGGCUUCCUGGGGGAAUGUGUCGACUGCAGGCAGAAAACCUGAAUGUUGGCCUAGUGAGGUGGACUUUGUCAUCUCCAUAAGGGAUCUGAACUUUUUCUCUCUGCAGUGGCAGUUUGUUGCCAGUUUGCUGAUUUAUUUUCGGGGAAAGGCAGAACCCAGAAACCUGCCGUCUGUCACGCUGCUCCAGCUGCCCAAUCCUGUCUCAUGCCAGCUGCCCCUAUACUGAAACCGUAUGUUUGCUGAAUGUCAAAGGAUGGGCUUCGGAUAUUGGGGCAAACCCCCAGAGGAGACAGGGGUACGUGUUUUGUGGAGACCUUCAGGGACAACUCACCCCAAGUUGGUGCUGGCUGUUGGCCUGAGUUCUGGUCAACUGUACAGUUGAUGGCAAUGAGCGAGAGAGGGCUUUCUCUGAGGUGGCACCCAGCCUGUGGAACUCACUGCUUCAAGAGUCCAGCUCCCUCUUUAUUUGCAUUCUGCUGGAAAUCAAACACAUUACUGAAACAAACAAAAAACAACUUUUGAAACUGCUGCUGCUGCUCAUGAAUGCUUUUGUUGUUGUUGACCAGCUGUCUUCGUGUUUGUUUGAUUGUUUUUAGUAAAAGCUUAUAAGGAAAGCUUGGCUGGAUCAGCCCAGUAGCCCAGCUAGUUCCAGAGUCCUGUUCUCACAGGAUUGAAGCGCAACAAAAAAAAACUACAAUGCAGGAAUCGAAGUAGACUGCCUCUGCAGCUGGAGGCUCCAUACAAGACUGUCAGAACUUGGCCACAGGAUCAGGCCAUAGGGGACUCAUCCAGCCCAGCACCCUGUUGUCACAGAUGUCCCAAAAGAAAACCCAGAAGCAGUAGCAGAGUGUUACAUCAUAGAAUUGUAAAGUUGGAAGGGACCUCAAGGGUCAUCUAGUCCAGCCCCCUGCAAUGCAGGAAUCUCAGCUCAAGCAUCCCACCCAACCUCUGCUUAAAAACCUCCCGAGAAGGAGAGUCCACAACCUCCCAAGGUUGACCAUUCCACAGUCAAAUGGCUCUUACUGUUGGAAGGUUCUUCCUGAUGUUUAGUCGGAAUCUCAUUUCUUGUAACUUGAAGCCAUGGGUUCGAGUCCUACCCUCCAGAGCAGGAGGAAACAAACCUGCUCCCUCUUUCAUGUGGCAGCCCUUGAGAUAUUUGAAGGUGGCUCUCCUAUCUCCUCUCAGUCUCCUCUUUUCCAGGCUAAACAUACCCAGCUCCUUCAACCGUUCCUCACAAGGCUUGGUUUCUAGACCCUGGUUCACCUUGGUUGCCCUCCUCUGCACACCGUCCAGCUUGUCAACAUCCCUCUAGUCCAGGAACCUGGUGUGACCCAUGAGGUCAGCCAGAUAUUCUUGUCAAACCCACAAGGGAGAAUGGGCGGUUUCCUUCCUUGUUUUAUUGCCCACAAAGAAGGGUGUUUUGUUGUGUGCACAAUUUUUCCGGUAACGUCCCCUCCCCUUGUCAAAAAAUCCACCCUGCAUUUCCAGGUGCUUCUAUCCUAAUAAAGCGUUCUGACUUCGCACUUGCUGGACGGACUUUAAGGUUUCUUAUCUCCAGGCCACAGACUUUCCAUGCCCUACAAAGUGCAUUGUUUCUUUUUGCAUGGGAGGAGAAGAAGAAGAAGAAGAAGAAACCCACACAUAUUGGCAGAGCACUGGCCUAAGGGUGGCAAACCUCAGUUUCCAGAUUCGGAAUUGGGCAGACUGUGUCAUGAGCAGCCUUCCGUCAUAUCCUCAAGAAGGCUGAGUUGUCUUCAGAACACCAGUGGCUAGACAGAUCCAAAAGGAGAUUUGCACAGUCCACAAAUGCCAUUCCAGCUGGCCUGCCAGUCAUGAGCAUGCAAUAUUUAGGUGGCAUCUGUCUGUCUUGAGAGAUGGAAGAGUGAGCCUCUGGCUGCGCAAGCCCGGGUAGUGUGCAAGGAGGUCUUGGGCUGCCCAGAUGACAAGACCCCCUUCUUUUAUUGCGCCUGAUCUUUUAUUUCCCUUCUCUUCCCUCCCCCUCCCCUUUUAUGAAGAUUACCUGCUCUGAGACCCCACAGCUAAUUCUCCCCUGGCCUCCUCGCUGGCCCAAGUAGGACCAAUUCAGCCAGCUAGCCCUGGGGAUUAUCUAAUGCUUAUUAGAUGGAUUUCCCCUAAAUCGAUUUCUGAACUUUGAAUUUUAUUGUUACAGUGGUACCUCAGGUUACGUACUUAAUUCAUUCCAGAGGUCCGUUCUUAACCUGAAACUGUUCAUAACCUGAAGCACCACUUUAGCUAAUGGGGCCUCUUGCUGCCGCUGUGCCGCCGGAGCACGAUUUCUGUUCUCAUCCUAAAGCAAAGUUCUUAACCCGAGGUAAUAUUUCUGGGUUAGCGGAGUCUGUAACCUGAAGUGUAUGUAACCUGAAGCGUAUGUAACCUGAGGUACCACUGUAUUCAUGUUUUUAUACUGUAUUUUAUGCUGCUUUUACAAUUAAGUGUUUUAAAUUUGUUGUUAGCAGCCCUGGCCCGGUUUCUGAACCAGGAAGGGCGGGGUAUAAAUAAAAAAAAUAAUUAUUUUAUUUAUAUUCUUGGCCUGGCUGAUAUGGCCAAAAGGAAAGCAGAGCAAGACGUUUGGCACCAGCUGGGCUGCAGGAGUUGCCAGAAGGAGGCGUACAAGGUGCCACCCAACCGCCUUAGGGACUCCAGAUUUGUGGAGGGUCUAUUCCUGAGCCUUUGCCUCCCUGCAGAGAUCCCACAAGGCAGUGGAGGUUUAGGGCCAGAGUUUUCCUUCUCCUAGACCAGUGGUCAGCAAACUUUUUCAGCAGGGGGCUGGUCCACUGUCCCUCAGCCCUUGUGGGGGGCCAGACUAUAUCUUGAUGGGGGAAAUGAACGAAUUCCAGUGCCUCACAAAUAACCCAGAGAUGCGUUUUAAAUAAAAGCACACAUUCUACUCAUAUAAAAACACCAGGCAGGCCCCCCAAAUAAUUCAGAGAUGCAUUUUAAAUAAAAGGACACAUUCUACUCAUGUAAAAACACGCUGAUUCCCGGACCAUCUGCGGGCCGGAUUGAAAAGGCGAUUGGGCGAGAUCCGGCCCCCGGGCCUUAGUUUGCUGAUCCUUGUCCUAGAUGGUCUCCCUUCCCAAGUGAAUGAGCCCCACUUGCCCCUCACAUCCCUCUACAGCAAGGGCAGAAACCACCUUCUUGACCAUGGGUCCCACUCUCGGUCUCGUCUUCUCUGCCUGCCAGAGCCUGUCUUCACACCCAGGGAAGCCCCUAAUUCACCGAGGGGUUCAGACCCAUCGGCUUUCCUCACCUGCUUUCACUGGCCAGUCAAAACCGUUUCCAGGAUCAUGGCUGCUGUCGCCUGCUGGCAGCUUCCAGGAGCCACAGGUGGGAGCUGAGUGCAGGUGGGGGACCCAAGAUGGACAAAUGACCCCAGAAGGAGCAAAACAUGUCCCCCAAGCGGUGGUACUGCAGCUCCCCUAACACCCCAUACAACCCCAUAUAUAUGUGUGUAAAUAUAGAUUCCUAUAUUGUCCACAGACAAAAGCAGAGACAUCACCUUGCCAACAAAGGUCCGUAUAGUAAAAGCCAUGGUUUUCCUAGUAGUGAUGUAUGGAAGUGAGAGCUGGACCAUAAAGAAGGCUGAUCGCCGAAGAAUUGAUUGAAUUCUGGAGGAAUUCAGAAUUCCUGAAUUCCUGGAGGAGACUCUUGAGAGUCCCAUGGACUGCAAGAAGAUCAAACCUCUCCAUUCUGAAGGAAAUCAGCCCUGAGUGCUCACUGGAAGGACAGAUCCUGAAGCUGAGGCUCCAAGACUUUGGCCACCUCAUGAGAAGAGUAGACUCCCUGGAAAAGACCCUGAUGCUGGGAAAGAUGGAGGGCACAAGGAGAAGGGGAUGGCAGAGGACGAGAUGGUGGGACAGUGUUCUCGAAGCUACCAGCAUGAGUUUGACCAAACUGCGGGAGGCAGUGGAAGACAGGAGUGCUUGGCGUGCUCUGGUCCAGGGAGUCACGAAGAGGCAGACACGACUAAACGACUAAACAACAACAACAACAUAUUGUCCACUAGGUUUCAGUUGAGGCUGGGGUCCCCCAAAUGUGUGUCAGCUUAGCACAGCUGUGACUGUUCAUUCUUAUUCUUCCUCGUGCAUUUCCUGCCUCUGUGGAGGCAGAGCGUAGCCUUUGUGGCUAUCCGUCGCUGACAUCCUUUUUCUCCAUGUUGUCACCUUCCUGACAGUGCAUCAUGCUCCCUAAUCUUAAGCCAUUUCCAACAUCCUUUCCCCCUGCCUCCCUGUACACAAAAGGAACUCCAGAGCCAGAAAAAUAUAUCCCCUCAAAUUCCACCUGAACUUUUUGUAUUUGGGGUCCACCCCUCAAUGUAACCAUGGAAGGCAUAGCCAGGGAGGCAGGGGGAGGAGGUGCCCCCCCAAAGCAAAUAAAGAAACGGCCCAGUAUAUCUGAAGGAGUGUCUCCACCCCCAUCAUUCUGCCCAGACACUGAGGUCCAGCGCCGAGGGCCUUCUGGUGGUUCCCUCACUGCGAGAAGCCAAGUUACAGGGAACCAGGCAGAGGGCCUUCUCGGUGGUGGCACCCACCCUGUGGAACGCCCUCCCACCAGAUGUCAAAGAGAACAACAACUACCAGACUUUUAGAAGACAUCUGAAGGCAGCCCUGUUGAGGGAAGCUUUUAAUGUUUGAUGCAUUACUGUAUUUUAAUAUUUGGUUGGAAGCCGCCCAGAGUGGCUGGGGAAGCCCAGCUAGAUGGGUGGGGUAUAAAUAAAUAAGAAGAAGAAGAAGAAGAAGAAGAAGAAGAAGAAGAAGAAGAAAUACUUAACUAACUGACCAAUUGCAUCACAGAUAACUUGGUACUGCCCCCCCGAACAUUAUGCCUGCCCCCCCACCGUAAAAUUAAUCCUGGCUACACCUAUGAAUGUAAUGUAUUCGAGGUAAACAUUUCUCAACAAAUCUGCAGGUUAAAGAGCCCACAGAGAGUUUGCUUCCUGAAAACUCAAAACAAGCCUAGGAUUAACAAUCCUGUAUCCCAUUAGUUUAAUUAACUGAUCCCUUCCUCGGUGGCAGCAUUCCCUGUGUUUGUUUCUGGUGCUGCUGGCUGUUUUCCCACCGGAGAGGGAUCUGGCUGGUCACUGUGAGGAUGCUGGACUAGACGGGCCAAGGGCCUGAUCCUGCAGCCAAGCUCUUCUGAUGUUCUGGUGUUUAAUGGAAAGCAUCAGAUACAGAAUAUCACGAUGGUUUUCCAUCAGCACCACCAAACCCCACAAAAAUCUAUCCAGAGAAGCAGGAAUAUGUUCCCUUCUUCUGACACAACACUCUCUUUGCUUUGUUUUCACACAUUAAUGCCCCCGCCCCAAGAUAUGUUGGCUUUGGUGUGCAGUAGCGAAAUGCCUAAAUAUGGUCUGAAGCUCAACAUCAAAAAAACGAAGAUCAUGGCCACUGGUCCCAUCACCUCCUGGCAAAUAGAAGGGGAAGAAAUGGAGGCAGUGAGAGAUUUUACUUUCUUGGGCUCCAUGAUCACUGCAGAUGGUGACAGCAGCCACGAAAUUAAAAGACACCUGCUUCUUGGGAGAAAAGCGAUGACAAACCUAGACAGCAUCUUUAAAAGCAGAGACAUCACCUUGCCAACAAAGGUCCGCAUAGUAAAAGCUAUGGUUUUCCCAGUAGUGAUGUAUGGAAGUGAGAGCUGGACCAUAAAGAAGGCUGAUCGCCAAAGAAUGGAUGCUUUUGAAUUCUGGUGCUGGAGGAGACUCUUGAGAGUCCCAUGGACUGCAAGAAGAACAAACCUCUCCAUUCUGAAGGAAAUCAGCCCUGAGUGCUCACUGGAAGGACAGAUCCUGAAGCUGAGGCUCCAAUACUUUGGCCACCUCAUGAGAAGAGAAGACUCCCUGGAAAAGACCCUGAUGUUGGGAAAGAUGGAAGGCACAAGGAGAAGGGGACGACGGAGGACGAGAUGGUGGGACAAUGUUCUCCAAGCUACCAGCAUGAGUUUGACCAAACUGCGGGAGGCAGUGGAAGACAGGAGUGCCUGGCGUGCUCUGGUCCAGGGGGUCACGAAGAGUCGGACAUGACUAAACGACUAAACAACAACAGCGAAAUCCCUCACCAAGAGUUCUUUUUUCGUUCCUACAUUCUUCGGAAAGCUGGACUAUAACCCACCUGCUUGACACCUGCCAGGGAGUCUGUAUACUUGUAUACUUGUAUACUUGUAUACUUGUAUACGUAUAACCCUUGCAACGUAGAAAGAUAGCAUGUCAGGGAGGUGAUGAAUAGGCAAGACCUCUUUCCCCCGGCAUGCUAGGUGUGUCUGCAUGUGGGUAGAGAAUUUGAACACUCCUGUAUCUAAAUACAUAUUCCUCAGCCAGAAAAAGCCAACUGGAAACUUUUUUCCCUUGACAUGCUACAUUUCUAAAUGCAGGGAGAGAUAGAUAGAUAGAUAGAGUGUGUGUGGUGUGGAGGUGUACUCAGUCACAUCCAGGAAAAUACAGCAAGUCCCCAGCCACAGGUUCCAUGAAGAAAGAACUAGGCUUGUGUGUUUGUGAACCCAGACUCUUUCAUUUUCCAUACACGGAGCAAGUGUAACCUGCUUUUGAAAUAUAGUACAUUCAGUUCUUCUCCUUCUUCUUUUAUGAUUAUUUCAUGAGGCCCAAGAGAACCUUCAUCUUGGUAGUGUGGAUUCAGCCUCAGCCGGAACCACCAAUUCCCCCUUGGUUGAGUUUGAACACAAUAUUGCUUUGAGAUUGCCUCAAAUCGAGCACCUCAAAUACUGCAUCCAGUUCUGGGCACCACAAUUUAAGAAGGAUGUUGACAAGCUGGAAGGUGUGCAGAGGAGGGCAACCAACAUGAUCAAGGGUCUGGAAACCAAGCCUUAUGAGGAACGGUUGAAGGAGCUGAGUAUGUUUAGCCUGGGAAAGAGGAGACUGAGAGGAGAUAACCACCUUCAAAUAUCUCAAGGGCUGCCACAUGGAAGAUGGAGCAAGCUUAUUUUCUCCUGCUCGGGAUGGUAGGACUGGAACUCAUUGCUUCAAAUUGCAAGAAACAUCUAACUAAACAUCAGGCAGGACUUUCUGACAGUGAGAGCUUUCCCACAGUGGAACGGACUCUCUCGAAAGACAGUGGACUCUCCUUCCUUGCAGGUUUUUGAGAAGAGAUUGGAUGGCCUUAUCUGUCCUGGAUGCUUGAGCUGAGAUUCCUGCAUUGCAGAGGGUUGGUCUGGAUGACCCUCGAGCUCCCUCCCAAGUCUACAAUUCUAGGAUUCCUAUUAUUGAACCUGGAACCUUUCUGCUACGCCACUGCCUGUACCAGCGAGUCGGGAAACCUCCCUUUAAAAACAGAGCGAAACCCCAGUCCUGACGACCCUGGGGGAUAAGGCGCUCUGCCCCCUUGGGGCCUAAAACCUCCCCAUUGGCAGCGCAGAAAGGGGCGAGGGCAGACUGAGCGGAAGCGGUGGGGGAGACAGCCGCCGUCCUGCGCCAAGAGUAAUUACCCCGGAUUACCUAGAAAGAGAGAGACGGAAAGAGGAGGGCGAGGAGUCGAAGGGGCGGCGCAGCGGAGGGGAGGCGGGUGGUCUGCGCGGCGAAGGCUGGGGAGGGGCUGGGGGAGGGAGCCCACCAAUGGGAGGAGAGGGUCCCUUUCCCGGAUUCCGCCGGAGAGCCGGGCGAGGGGAGCCGCGGGUGGCGCGCCAGGCGGGCGAGAGGGGCUUGACUCGGCGCCCGGGAGAUGCCUUGGCAGGCGCCGGGAGCUGUCCUUCAGCACCACCCGCCGCCGCCGCCGCAGCAGCGCGCUAGCGGCAGAGGCGGCGGCCGCUCUGCGGUCCGCGCUGCUGCUCCCUCGUUUCAGCACCCGGACAGCUCCCUGGGCGCCGUCCGGCCCGCCGCGGCCCCCGACCCGCGUCUCCUGGCCCCCGGGCGGCCCUCGCCCAGCCAGCUGGUCUUCCUCUCGCUCUACCCCUUGCUCCAGAGGGCCCGCGACCCCGGCCGCCUGCCCUCCGGCUGGCACUCCCCCUGCCCCCACCAGGAGGGCGGCGCUUGGCCCGGAUCGGGGCCCGGACACUGGGCAGCCCCCCGGCUCCUGCCGCCGCCGCCGCCGCCGCCUCCCCCCCGCCAGCCGUGCUCGUCCGCAGCGCCGGGAAACGCAGGGCAGCGCCGGAGCGCGCCCGGGUGCCGCUGGUGCCCGCCGACGGGCGAGGAGCGGGCUCUGCCUGGCCGCUCGCCUCUGCAGGGAAAGUUGGCUCCCGGAGGCAGCCUUGGCCACAGCCGCUCCGGGAAGCAGCCGCCAGGAACCCUCGGCUCGCAGAAGGUAAAAUCAGCCCUCCCCCGAACAAUAAACCCCUCCUUUGGUGUUGGUGGUAUCGAAGAAGGUGGCAAAUUUGGGGGGGGGGGGGAUCUACGUUCUUAGCCACGCAUCCAGGGGUCAUGGCUGCAGGCUGUGAGGAGGGAUGGGCAGCCCCCCCCGUAAGUAAGUCCCCAUCGUUAUAAGUAGCUGAGCACCCCUGCCGCCCCCCAUAAGACCGUAGCCAAGCUCCAAGACUCAUUUGCCCCUAGACAUUCUCUCUCUCUCUCUUCGAAUGCAUGUUUAUGAUGUUCAAUUUUCCCCUUGCAGCCUGUGUGUUCUCUGUAACCUGGUGGCGAACUUCAAGACCCAAUCCCAUUUGCUCCUAAGCAAUUAAUAUGCAUGAUCUUUCUCUGUCUCUCCGUCUCGCUCUGUCUCUCUCUCUCUCUCCAUGCGUAUUUAUUCUGUUUAAUCGCUCUGCCUCAUCUGACGCUCACCUUCGAUAUAUGCACAGGUACAGACCCUGUUUAAUUCUCCCUUUGCAGCUGGUGUGCCCUGUUUAGCCAGAAUCCCAACUUCAAGACCCGACCUCACUGGCCCCUAAGCAAUUAUUUGCAAUUGUCCAUAUAUAUAUAUAUAUAUACACACACACAUUGUCCAUAUAUUAAUGAAUCGUUCCUUUGCAGCUGGCGAGUUCGGUUUCAUUGCUUCCUCUGAUGCGUUUUUUUUCCUUUUUAAAUUGCCUUUCUCCAUUUUCUGUGCACCUACACAUAUCUGUGGGGUGGGGAUGGGGGACGGACUCCCUCCGUCCUCGUGCGGUUUUGUAGCAUCCUAGAAAAGUGGAUCGAUAGCCAUGAGAGAAAUAAAUAAAUCAAGGCACCAUCCAACCCCCAAACACACAAAAAAUUAUCCCUCCAUCUGUGGGAGGUCAGCCUAUUUGUGUUUUUGAAGGGGGGGUACUAUUUGUGUUUUUUAAAACACACAGCACAACAUGCAACACCAUCUCGGUGUCUCUGGCACCUGUGUGGAGACUGCUGCAGAAUUUGAGGAGGGGGUUGAGAAAAGGAGGAUCUCACCUCAGCGAUUCCUUUCGCUGCAAUCUCACUGAUGUCCAAAUUCUGCGUGUGCGGAGAGAGAGGGGGGCGGCGGCAUAUUUGGGGUUUAUACCACCAUCCACCUCCUUCCCAGUUAUUUAGUAACUGCAGAGUCCUUUCCACUCUAGAAACCCUGUCACCAUUUGUAGUAGGGUGUCGUUGCUUUAGUAUUAUUUUAAAAAGUCUGCCACAGCAAGGCUUCGUUCCUUGGAAAGGAGUGUUGCGGCAGGGGUCCUGUUAUUUAAGCAGCUCAGAAGGAACCAGGCCAAUGACCCACCGAUUUGAGAAACCCGCAAUUUGUGGGGUGGGGAAAACGACCCCCAGGCACUCUGUGUGCGCGCACGUGAUCCAUCCCAUUCAGACCCGAACUUUGCCUACCAGGGAUCCGUAGGUGAUUUCAUUGAUACGGAAGAAGGGGGUGAGGCCAAAGAGAGCAUUUCAGAGCAGGUUCAUUCUCUCUUCCUGUCCUCCCUGGGAGAUGGGGAGUAGGAGAGUCUUCUAUUGCAGCCCCCCAGUAUCUAUGUGAGGAAAGGAGACAGGCGGCUCUCUGUCUCUGGUAGGAACCAACUCCUAGGGGCCAAGGCCAACGCCCCCUCCAGUAAAAUAUUUGAGGGGUCACGGCCCUCCCAAUGGAUGGCCAUUUCCAUUCAAAUGAUGUGCGUGUUCCCAUGGGCGUAGCCAAGGGGGGAAGGGGGCAGCUGCCCCCUAAAUCAAGCAAAUACUUAGAAAUACUUAACUGAGGUUCUGCCCCCUCUCCAAAUAAGUCCUGCCCCCUAACAUAAAUCCUGGCUACAUGAGCUGUGUAUUGUGAUCAGUUAGGCAAGGUGGGGGUUACCUGUACACCCCCCCCAAAAAUUUUUUUAUGCAAGUUGGUAUCCUUGUAGGUUCUUCCAGAAACUACUUCUGGGUUUCAUCGUCAAGAUCACCGAUUUGCCUUUAGAGGGGUCUCUCUCUCUCUCUCUCUCUCUCUCUCUCUCUCUCUCUCUCUCUGUGUGUGUGUGUGUGUGUAUGUGUGUGUGCAUUUGCACUUUGACCCGACAGCCCUGCCCUGUAGAAGGAGUCUUCUCCCGACACCGCCUCCCCCCCCCAUUUAUUUAUUCAUUUGAAAAUUGUUUUCCCCUUAAAGGAGAGCAAGGACUCGAUAUAAGCAGUUGAUAUAACACAGUUCAACUAUGGAACUCACUCCUGCAGGGGGCAAGGACAGCCACCAACCUCGAUGGUUUUAAAAGACGAUUGGACAAAUUUGUAGAAGAGGAGAAGGCUUUUGAUAGCUGCCAGCCACAAUGGCUACGCUCUGUCUCCAAAGUCCAGAGGCAGUAAUGCUUCUGAACAGCAGUUGCUGGAAGCCACAGGAGGGGAGAAAGAGCAGGUCUUGGGUUCAGGUCCUGCUUUUUGGGUUUCCCAUGGGGGGGGCAACUUGUUGGCCACUGUGAGAACAGGAUGUUGGGGCACAUGGGCUAUUGCCCUGGCCCAGCAGGUUUGCCUUACGUCUUUUAAUUUCAGUUUUGCCUGACAUUUAAGACAGCUCUGUCGGCGGAGCAUGAGACUAUUAAUCUCAGGGUUGUGGGUUCAAGCCCCACCUUGGUGGGGGGGGAAUUCCUGCAUUGCAGGGGGUUGAACUAGAUGACCCUCAGGGAUCCCUUCCAACUCCACGAUUCUAUGAUCUUCUGUUUUAACAGCAACAACAUCCAUUGAUAAAUAGGAAGGUUUCAGAAACAUGGCUGAACCAGACAGAUUUAGCUUAGCACCUACAAACUGAGAAUUAAGGAAGGAAUUAGUCUAGAAAUUAUGGAAGGAAUUAAGUCUAGGAAGAAUGAAAGUUCUGCAGUAUUUCUGGGGAGCUCAAGGCCAUAGGUUCAUAGUAAUAAUAAUAAUAAUAAUAAUAUUUUUUUUAUACCCUGCCCUUCCCGGUUCCAGUUUUCUGAAAAAAAAGGGCUCAUGGCGGCUAACAACAAAUUUAAAACACUUUAUUGAUGCAACAAAAAAACAGCAUAAAAUACAGUAUAAAACGUGAAUAACAAUAAAUUCAGAAUUCAAAAAUCAAUUUAGGGGGAAAAUCCAUUCAAUAAACAUUAGAUAAUCCCCAGGUCUAGCUAGCUAAAUUAGUCCUAUUUGGGCCAGUGAGGAGAUCAGGGGACAAUUAGCUGUGGGAUCCCAGAGCGGGUAAUCUUCAUAAAAGGGGGGGGGGGGAGGAAGGAAGGGGAAUAAAAGAUUGGGCUAAGUUUAAAUUGAAAGCCAGGCAGAAUAGCUCUGUCUUACAGGCCCUGCAGAAGGAAGUUAAAUCCUGCAGGGCCCUGGUCUCAUGGGACAGAGCAUUCCACCAGGUCGGAGCCAUCACUGAGAAGGCUCUGGCCCUGGUAGAGGAGAAUCUGACUUCCUUAGGGCCUGGGACCUCUAAACUAUGAUUAUUCAUGGACCUUAAGGUCCUCUGCGGGGCAUACCAGGAGAGGCGGUCCCGUAAAUACGAGGGCCCUAAGCCACAAAGGGCUUUAAAGGUCAAAAGCAGCACCUUAAACCUGACCCUGUACUCCACCGGGAGCCAGUGCAACUGGUAAAGCACUGGGUGAAUAUGCUCCCAUGGCAGAGACCCCGUGAGGAGCCUCGCUGCAGCAUUCUGCACCCGCUGGAGUUUCUGGGUCAGCUUCAAGGGCAGACCUGCGUAGAGCGAAUUACAGUAGUCAAGCCUGGAAGUGACCGUCGCAUGGAUCACUGUGGCCAGGUCAGGGCGGGAAAGGUAAGGGACCAAGUGUAGAGUUGGGAAGGGACUACAAGGGCCAUCUAGCUCAACCCUUUGCACUGCAGGAGUCUUUCGCCCAACAUGGGGCUUGCCCCCCACAAGGUAUAAAAGGAUGUCACAUAGAGGAGGGAGAAAGGUUGUUUUCUGCCGCUCCAGAGAAGCGGACACGGAGCAAUGGAUCCAAACUACAAGAAAGAAGAUUCCACCUAAACAUUAGGAAGAACUUCCUGACAGUAAGAGCUGUUUGACAGUGGAAUUUGCUGCCAAGGAGUGUGGUGGAGUCUCCUUCUUUGGAGGUCUUUAAGCAGAGGCUUGACAACCAUAUGUCAGGAGUGCUCUGAUGGUGUUUCCUGCUUGGCAGGGGGUUGGACUCGAUGGCCCUUGUGGUCUCUUCCAACUCUAGGAUUCUAUGAUUCUAUGAUUCUAGGUAAAAGGACCCCACAUCACUUAAUUUGGGGGGCCUCAUAGACCCAAUUAGAGCCGCGUUGGUUUGAGUCAAAUGUAUUGAUUUUUUUUUGCUGUAUAUAUUUCAAUAUCCCAAAAGUUUGGUGUUAGUAGCUUAGAUGUUGUAAAGCUCUGGUGAUCUGCUGUGGAGAACCCCCCUUGAAGAAGAUGGCUUCAGUGGUUGCCCAGAUUUCAUUGCCGGUUGAGAAGGGGCCCUGAUGACAGUUUGAGCUUCAGGGGCCCAAAAUAUAGGUCUGCCCCACCCCCCAAACAUUGAGGACUAGCGUCUUUCUUUGAAGAAAGGCCAUAACUCAGCAGCAAAGCAUUUGCCUUGCAUGCAGAAUAAGCCACAUUCAAUGUCUGCCGGUCAGUGUAGACAAUGCUGAAGUAGAUGGAACAGUGGCCUGUCUCACCUUGAAACAACUUCCAAACCAGCCCAUGAAAGAUGCCUCAAGGGGGUGUGGCACAGCUUCCCUGGUGCCCUAUCCAAAUACUGUACCCGGCACAUUCACUUAUAUGCACAGGGAUGAGGGCCAAUCACCUGGGUUUUCCUUGAAAGCUCAUUGGCUUUAUACCUCAACAAUUCCACCCCACCCCAUUUAAAAGAAAUUGUUAAAAGUGGUGGGGGUUUUUUUGACGGAUCACGUACAACAACAACAACAACAACAACAACAACAACAACAAUAAUAAAUUUUAUUUAUAUCCCACCCUCCCCAGCCGAAGCCGGGCUCAGGGCGGCUAACAACAAUAAAAUAAUGCAACAUUCUAAAAUCAUUUCAUUAUAAAAUUAAUUCAAAUCAAAUUGAUGGCAACCAUUGAGCUAGAGUUCUGUGAAGAUUGCCAGAGGAGGGGGUCAGGCUGUGCCCUGGCCAAAGGCCUGGUGGAACAGCUCUGUCUUGCAGGCCCUGCGGAAAGAUGUCAAGUCCCGCAGGGCCCUGGUCUUUUGUGACAGAGCGUUCCACCAGAUUGGAGCCACAGCCGAAAAAGCCCUGGCUCUAGUUGAGGCCAGCCUGACCCCUCUGUGGCCUGGGACCUUCAAGAUGUUUUUGUUUGAAGACCGUAAGUUCCUCUGUGGGACAUACCAGGAGAGGCGGUCCCAUAGGUACGAGGGUCCUAUAGGGCUUUGAAGGUUAAAACCAGCACCUUAAACCUGACCCUGUACUCCACCGGGAGCCAGUGCAGCUGGUAUAGCACCGGGUGAAUGUGAUCUCGCGACAAGGACCCCCUAAGGAGUCUCACCGCGGCAUUCUGCACCCGCUGGAGUUUCUGGGUCAGUCUCAAGGGCAGCCCCACUUAGAGCGAGGAUAUAGGACAUAGGAAGAGACUGCUGGAUCAGGCCAAUGGCCCACCUGUUCAUACAGUAGCCAAUCAGAUGCUCAAACAGGAACCUUGCAAGCGUGGUAGGCAAUGUCCCUACCAUUAUCUUGCUCUACGAGGAUCCUGCUCCAUCUGGAGCGCCGGUAGUGACUCUCCCUGCCUGCUCCCUGUCUCACCAGAGUGGUGCAUGCUCUGGUUAUCUCCCACUUGGACUACUGCCAUGCUCUCUACGUGGGGCUACCUUUGAAGGUGACUCAGAAACUGCAGCUAAUCCAGAAUGCGGCAACUAGACAGGUGACUGGGAGCAGCCACCGGGACCAUAUAACACCGGCCCUGAAAGACCUGCUUUGGCUCCCAGUAUGUUUCUGAGCACAAUUCAAAGUGUUGGUGCUGACCUUGAAAGCCCUAUAAACAGCCUCUGCCCUGUACAGUGGUACCUCGGGUUACAUACGCUUCAGGUUACAGACUCCGCUAACCCAGAAAUAGUACCUCGGGUUAAGAACUUUGCUUUAGGAUGAGAACAGAAAUUGUGCUCCGGCGGCGCGGCGGCAGCAGAAGGCCCCAUUAGCUAAAGUGGUACCUCAGGUUAAGAAUAGUUUCAGGUUAAGAACAGACCUCCGGAAUGAAUUAAGUACUUAACCCGAGGUACCACUGUAUACCCGAACGAGCGUCUCCACCCGCAUCUUCCAGCACUGAGUUCCAGCUCCGAGGGUCUUCUAGUGGUUCCCUCACUGCGAGAAGUGAGGUUACAAGGAACCAGGAGAGGGCCUUCUCGGUGGUGGCGCCCGCCCUGUGGAACACCCUCCCACCAGAUGUCAAGGAGAUAACUAUAUAACCUUUAGAAGACAUACAAAGGCAGCCCUGUAUAGGGACACUUUUAAAGGUUUUAUUAUGUUUUUAUAUACCGUAUUUUUCGCCCUAUAGGACGCACCGGUCCAUAGGACGCACCUAGAUUUUGGGGGGGGAAAUAAAGGGAAAAAAUUUAUUUCCCCCCCCAGGCGCGGAGCUUUGGCAUCGCUCUGGGAGCUUGCGGGGCUUGAGGAGGGGGAAGCCCUCCGCCAGCCUUCUAACCAAGUCGGGGGACAGUGGGAGAGGCGCGCUGCACCUCCCCGCUGUCCCCCGAGCUUGUGGGGCUGGCGGUGGGGCUCUCCUGAAGCCCGGAGAGCGAGAGGGGUCGGUGCACACCGACGCCUCUCGCUCUCCAGGCUUCAGCGAAAGCCUGCAUUCGCCCCAUAGGACGCACACACAUUUCCCCUUCAUUUUUGGAGGGGAAAAAGUGCGUCCUAUAGGGCGAAAAAUACGGUAUGUUGGAAGCCACCACGAGUUCUAGUGUUACAUGAGAGAGAGAGAGAGAGAGAGAGAGAGAGAGAACCUCUCUAUCUGCUUUCUCCAUGUGAUGUAUGAUUUUGUAACCCUCUAUCAUGUACCAUCUAAACUCCACCAUCCCUUCAAUCAUUUGGGGUUGUCCUUUCCUGAACCUUUUCCCACGUUGCCAUCUCCUUUUGGAGGCGAGGAGACCAGAACGCUAAACAGCAGCAACACUUUGCAAAGCAGGCACGGGAGAAACAUCUACAGCACCUUGAACUCCUUGGAGGAGAAGGGCAUAUAUAUAUAUAAAAGGAAUAAGUAAUAAUGGUGUUCUUUCAUUCUGAUCCUUCCACCUCUAGUCGUAACUCUGGAAUGAGCUGGUCAUUUCUUGCAAGGCCCCAGUCUCUUCUCCUGAGGCUACUAAUUCCCGGUGUCAUAGAACUAUAGAGUUGUAAGGGUAAGAAUUGAAUCCCCUGCAAUGCAGGAAUCUCAACUCAAGCUAUAAUGCCAUCCAACCUCUGCUUAAAAACCUCCAAGGAAGGGGACUCCACAACCUCCCAAGGGAGUCCUGUUCCACUGUUGAACAGCUCUUGCUGUCAGAAUGUUCUUCCCGGUGUUUAGUUGGAAUCUGCAUUCUUGCAACUUGAAGCCAAUGGUUCGAAUCCUACCCUCCUGAGCAGGAGCAAAACAAGCCGGCUCCAUCACACACUUCUUCCUUCUCUCUCUUCCCUUCCUUGGGAGCCACUGAGUCACCUUGCCUUGCAAUUAGCCUGCCAGUCCCGGGAACAUCUCGGAGGGCGUCAGGACGGGAAAAUAUUGGUGCCAAAGCUUUUGAGCCCCGCAGGGUGUAAUUAGCCACACCACGAACAUUGCGCCGAGGCUGCAAGGAACCUCUUGGCAGGGGAACAAAGCCGCCAUCUCAGGGGAGAGGAGGGCCGUCACAAAAGCAGGACUCGGCAGGUACAAUUGCAGCCUGGCAGAGCGGGUGCGAUGUCUGAUUGGCACACGGGACCCUCCCAGAGCCGCUAAACGCUCACGACUGGGGGAAGGGGUUGGGUAAAGGCGUCCACGGAUGGGUUAAUUGGGUGCCUGUCCAAAGUGAGCACAAGAAGGUAGUACGCUGACUCAGUCCAUUGGUCCAGUGCGUUGACUGAACCAGCUACAUCGCUCGCUCCGGAUAGAGGAAAACACGCAUGGAAGGCAGAAUAUUUUAGAGGACUGUCUUUGCUUCCUCUGUCAUAACUCUAGAACUCGAAGGCAUCCAAUGAGGGUGAGCAUUGGAAAAUUUGGGGCAGAUAAAAAGAAGACCUUCUUCACAGAGCACAGAGCUGAGAUGUGGAACUCCCUGCCACAGGAACCUGCAGAACUGGCAAAAUCAACAACAAAAUUAAGAGAAUCUAAUGAUGAGUGUCAGUCAGUCAGCCAGUCAGUUUUAUUGCACAUAGCCAAAGGCUGCCGCAAUGCACACAGAAUCAUUCAACAAUUAAAAGAAAAUUACUGGAUUGAUACAAAAAACUUAAGACAUUUAUAUUAUCAAGACAUUACCUACUCUAAACAGAGCUAUAAAAGUACCUUAAUAUACAAGUUAAGACAUUAAACAAUAAAAUUUACAAGCUAAAAUUAUCACAUGGCCACUGAUAUAUUAAAAAAUAAUGUUAAUUGAUACAAUGUGCAAUUAUAUUCGGAGUUUGGUGAUAAAGAUAGAAUAUAGCUUGAUGUAGAUAGGGUCAAAUAAAUUCAUCUCUUUUACAGUCGGUGGCUACCUUGGCUAUAUAGUUUGCUCUAAUUUUCCUAGCGGCAGUUGCAAAGAGUGCUACACGCCAGGUCACAUACUUAUCUGUGUCUGCGAGGAGAUAGAAAAUCAUGUCAGAGGGGUUCUGGCCAGGGGACCUUACGAUGAGUGUUUUAUGGAAGAACUGGUGCCUGUUUUUUUGGACUACUUAAAGAAAUUUUGUGGUAUGAUGAACUCGCAAGCAGGAUUUUAGCUACAAGCAGCCGAAGUGAUUAGAGUAUAAUAUUGUGGGUCUGAUGUGAUAGAUAGAAGCAACAGAAGGAGAGAAACGACAACUCUGUGGAAAACAGGAAGGUGACAAAAAUAAGAGAAGAGGCAAAACUGUGUUUUGACUGUCUGUGUUAAAAAUGUUGAAACUUAAUAAAAUGGAAUUGGGGGGAAAGGAAGCAGCGACAGCCGCCGACUUAGAUGGCUUUAAAAGAGGAUAGGGCAAAUACAUGAUGGAGCAAUGGCUAUGGUCUGCAGUCAGGCACCAAUUGCUUGGGGAAAACUCUCCUAUACAGGAGAAACUCGAAAAAUUAGAAUAUCGUGGAAAAGUUCCUUGAUUUCCAUAAUUCGACUUAAAAGGUGAAACUAAUAUAUGAGAUAGACUCGUGACAUGCAAAGCGAGAUAUGUCAAGCCUUGAUCUGUUAUCAUUGCGAUGAUCACGGCGUACAGCUGGUGAAAACCCCAAAUUAACAAUCUCAGAAAAUUAGAACAUUCAAGGAAAUCAGCAAAACAAGGAUUGCAAAUCGAGCAAGACUGGACCUCUGAGAAGUAGAAGCACAUCUUGCUUUGCAUGUCAUGAGUCGAUCUCAUAUAUUAGUUUCACCUUUGAAGUUGAAUUACUGAAAUCAAUGAACUUUCCCACAAUAUUCUAAUUUUUCGAAUUUCACCUGUAUAUGAUCAGGUCUCCAGGUAUCAUAAGGUUAAUAGGAACCAGUAACUGGUUGGAGGCAGAAGAAUGGCGGGGGGAACCAACUGAGGGAACCCCAAGGAAAGAAGGCUCAGAGCCCAGGGAGUGGUGGUGGGACAACAGUGAGUGGCCAGAGGGAGAAGCCUGGGCGGAGGAGGUAUCAGAAGCUGGAGAGGUAACAGGGCUUAGUGAGCAGGGAGAGUCUGUGGCAGAGAGCAGUCCAGAAUCAGAGGCAGAACCUGAAGCAGGAGAGGAGGCAGGCCAAGAGGCAGAGAUGGAUCUGGCUGGGGAAGAGUCAUGGAUUUCUCCUGCUGCAACCAGCUCAUAGCUGUCAACCGUCCCUUAUUUGGCGGGAAAGCCCCUUAUCCCAGCGCUGUGUCCCGCUGCUGUCGCUUAUUGAUGAUGUCCCUUAAAUUUCCCGGGUUUCAAAGGAAGCAGCUCCUCUCCCUCCCUCCCUCCCUGCCGGCCAGGGAGGAGGGAGGCUCCAGCUGUGUUGCUUGGCUGCGUUGCUCACCCAAUAAGGAGUCUAAGAACGACUGGGGGGUGGAGCUUGCAUGCCUUGUGCCGAUCAAAUCAGCCGCGUUGCCUGGGGACUCGCCUUUGCUCAGCACUUCCCAGCGGAGAGGUGACGGUGGUUUCUCUUGCUGCAUCCCCUUUGCUGGGUUGCUGUGCUGUGGGAACCAGCAUGUGAGGCUUCGUUUUGGCUGCUGGCCAGGCUUUCUGCCUUUGGCUUGGAGGGGCUCAGAAGUUGAACAUACCUGUGCUGGGAAAAUCCCUUAUUUUGGCUGCUGAUCCCUUAUUUUUGAGGCUGCUGGUGCCUUAUUUUCAAAUCUGUAAGUUGACAGCUAUGAACCAGUUCCCCUCACCCAUUGUCUCCCAGAACCAGGAGAGGCAUGAAAAGAGCAGAGGAGAGGUUGGUUGGCUGCAUGCAGGCAUAGUCCCGGAUUGCUUGGGGAAAAGCCCUGGAGAAGAGGAGGCUUAGGCAGCUGUGGGGAGACAGGGACCUUCACUCUCAGCAACUGCUUCAUGGAGCUAAGACCUACCAGAGACGGGCUGCUGUGCUCAUUAGGCUUGACAUCCCUGUGCAGAUCAUGUUUUUGCCAGUAAAGAAUUGACUCCAACUUGCACAGUGUGAUUCACUGCUGGCACCUCCUCUCUCCAGGUGAAUGCUGAUUCCCAAAUUCUGAGCCAUGCUGGGUCCAGGAGCACGGUCAGCGAGCCCAGCCCUUUUGCCGAGAUAGCCAUGAACAGCUGCAAAUACAACGGCGGCGUCAUCCGGCCCCUCAGCAGCCUGAGUUCCUCCCGCCACAACCUCCACGACCUAGACGCCGAGACCCAGCCCCUGCAGACCUUCCACGACUCCGGCCUGGAGGUGGUGGUCUCCAAGUCUGAGCGCAGCAAGGGGUCGGACCCCCGCCUGGACGACGACCCCGAGGCUGAGGAGAGGCCACGCAGCCACAAGAAGAACCAGAACAUCGGCUACCGGCUGGGCCACCGGAGGGCGCUGUUCGAGAAGAGGAAGCGGCUGAGCGACUACGCUUUGAUCUUUGGGAUGUUUGGGAUCGUGGUCAUGGUGACGGAGACGGAGCUGUCGUGGGGGGUCUACACCAAGGUAAGGGCCUCCAGAUUCCUAUCAUUAUUAAUUAUUAUUGUUACGGCUUACAGCCUGCCCUUAAUGCUAACGUCCCAGGGCAGGCUGCAACAAUAAAGCAAUUCAAAAUGACUUACAGAAACAAGGUAGAUCCUUUCUUAAAAAAACUUUUUUAAAUUCAAAGUUAAAACAGCACAUAUUAACCAGAAACAUAUCAUCCUUAUUCCGCGCCCCCCCAUUUUUCCUCCCUCCCCCCACCCUCCCACACAAAACCCACCCACCCCCACCCACGGCUUCCCUCAGUUCCAGUCUUUGGUUUCUCUAAGAAUGCUGUUUUCUGCGUGUUACAAAGUUGUAUAGAUCCUCAAACUAUUUAAGUAAUAAUUACCAAUAAAAAGUUUGUGAAUGCUUAUUCAAAACCAGCCAAGGAGUCCAGUUCGCUUUGUUGUGUCUUCAGAUACUCUGUAAAGGGUUCCCAUUUAUCCUUAAAGUCACAGUUAUCCUUGUCCCAUAGCUUAUAUGUCAGUUUUGCCGGUUCUGCAUAGUCCAUCAAUUUUUCUUGCCAUGAUUCUUUAGUUGGGGUUUCUUCAGUCUUCCAUCCUUGUGCUAUUAAAACUCUCACGACCGUUGUUGCAUACAUGAAGAUGUUUUUCAGCUUUUUAGGCAGAUCUUUCCCUACAAUCCCUAACAAAAAUGCUUCAGGUUUUAAAACAAAUGUUAAAUGGAACAUUAUCUUCAAUUCGUUGUAUAUCAUUUCCCAAUUUUUUAAAAUUACAUUACAAUCCCACCACAUAUGAUCCUAAUGAUAUGCAUACCAGUUGUCAAAGGAUAAAGAGACACAUCUUCUGUUCUGGGCACCCCACUUUAAUGUAGAUAUCGACAAGCUGGAAUUUUAGUCCAGGAUAGUCCAACUUUUCAUACUGGGUGGUCUGCAGGUGAACUUCUGACACAGAACCCAUGGUCCAUGCCACUGAAUUAAAAUUUCACAUCGUGAAUUAAAGUGUUUGCAAUAUAUUUAAUAUGAUUUAAUAUACGCAAUUAAAAGAUUUAACUAAAAUUUGAUGAGGGGGGUUGCUCAUCCAAUUUGUAGGCGACACCAAUCCGGGAGAGGGGGGUAGCUAAUGCCGCAGAAGGCAGAAUCAGAAUUCAAAAUGUCUCAUCUGGCCUGGGAGGGAAGCCCCCAAAUUAGCACAACUCUCUUCCCAGCAACUGGUAUUAUUCCAAUGUAGGAGGUGGGACAUAGCAGCUGUUGACAGCCCUCUCCUUUGUAGAUUCCCCCCCGCCACUCCCGAAUCCUCUUCUAAAGCCAUCCAAGUUGGUGUCUAUCCCCACAUCCUGUCUCAGUGAGUUCCUCAGUUUAACAAUGCACCAUGUCUCAUCUCUGUUCGCCCCUCUAGGAGUCUUCAUAUUCAUUCGCCCUCAAAUGCCUCAUCAGCCUGUCCACGAUGAUACUUCUGGGGCUCAUCAUCAUGUACCACGCGAGAGAGAUCCAGGUGAGAAUCUAGGUUUUGUACGAAAGCCGAAAAUAUCUUAUUAUUGUUAACGCUGGCCUGCCCUUGAAGCUGACCCAGAAACUCCAGCAGGUGCAGAAUGUCGCGGCAAGGCUCCUUACGGGGUCCUUGCCGCGGGAUCACAUCCAUCCAGUGCUUUACCAACUGCACUGGCUCCCGGUGGAGUACAGGGUCAGGUUUAAGGUGCUGGUUUUGACCUUUAAAGCCCUAUGCGGCCUAGGACCCAUGUACCCAUGGGACCACAAAUAACAACAUUUUGGAGGUCCCAGGUCACAAAGUGGUUAGAUUGGUCUCAACUAGGGCCAGGGCCUUUUCAGUACUGGCCCCAAUCUGGUGGAAUGCUCUGUCACAAGACACUAGGGCCCUGCGGGACUUGACAUCUUUCCGCAGGGCCUGCAAGACAGAGCCUUUGGUUUGGACUCAGUCUGACCCUUAUGUUUCCCUCCCCUUAUGGUCUUGAUUUAUCAGCCACUUUUAAAAUGAGGCUGCAUUUUAAUUUUCUUUUUCUUUUUCUUUCCCCUAUUAUGCUUUUACUCUGAUUUUAUUGGUGUUAGCCACCUUAAGCCCGGCUCUGGCCGGGGAGGGCAGGGUAUAAAUAAAAUUUAUUAUUAUUAUUAUUAUUAUUAUUAUUAUUAUUAUUAUUAUUACCUGCCCUCCUCCCUGUGGUCCAAGAGCGAUUGAAACACGAUGUUAAAAAUGGUUUGAAAUGACUUGCAAUCCCAGGAACAAGGUGGGUCCUAAAAACAUAGAAUCACAAACUGCAGAGUUGGAAAGGACCACAAGGGGCUUCUAGUGCAACCCCGUGAAAGGCAGGAAUCUUUUGCCCAAAAUGGGACUCGAACCCACAACCCUGAGAUCAGGAGUCCCAUGCUCUGCUGAUUGAGCCUCAAAUGUCAAAAGCCAGGGUUAAAGAGGUGUGUCUUCAGGAUUUGCUGGAAGCUGUGCAAUUUAGAUACCAGACACACCUGGGGGGGGAGAGUCUCAUACCUUAGGGCCACCACAAAGAAGGCCCUCUCCUGGGCUGCCACCCCUCAAGCCUCUGAGGGUGGAGGGAUUUCCAAGAGGGCCCUCUCUGCUGAUCUGUCAGGAAGGGGCCUGAGACAUUUAGGGUUUUGUAUGCAUGCCUCUCUUGGGAAGCGAAACAGGAGUUAGACAUUUCAACGGGUCUACCAUGAGUAGGGUUAGCACUGAAUAUGUAUCACCCAGGGUUCUUAAAUCGCAGAGUUGGAAGGGACCACAGCGGUCAUCUAGUCCAACCCUCUGCAAUGCAGGAAUCUUUCACCCAAGGUCAUGGAGACAGCAACACAGCAAACAUCAGGGCUCCUUGCCAUUGUUAGUCUUCCCCUCUGUGAAUUUGUCUAAUCCUCUUUUAAAACAACCCGGGUUGGCACCCAUCACUGUCUCCUGCAGUUCCACAGUUUAACUACGCCCUGUGUCUGUGUGAAGAAGCAUUUUCUUUUGCCUACCCUGAACUGUCCAGCAUUCAGCUCCUCCUUGGAUAACGCCGUAGAACUCUAGUAACAUGAUGGAGGAAAGCUGUCUGCGACAGUCAUUUGCAGCAGCAACAACAAUCUUCCUUCAUCGCAGCGGGUUGAGCUAGAUGACCCUCUGGGGACCCCUCCAGCUCUAUAGUUCUAUGAAACACUAUACUAAGCAAAAUGGCAACGGGAACCUGCCUGUAUUAGGAGAUAGGUGGCUGUGGUUUUCAAGGAUGCUAAAACAGAGCGAGCAAAACCGUAUACCCUCCCAAAUUUCUCUGAUGAAAAUAGGGACGUCCUAAGGAAAACUAAGGGACGCGGGUGGCGCUGUGGGUUAAACCACAGAUCCUAGGACUUGCCGAUCAGAAGGUCGGCAAUUUGAAUCCCCGCGACGGGGUGAGCUCCCGUUGCUCGGUCCCUGCUCCUGCCAACCUAGCAGUUCGAAAGCACAUCAAAGUGCAAGUAGAUAAAUAGAUACCACUCUGGCGGGAAGGUAAACGACGUUUCCGUGCGCUGCUCUGGUUCGCCAGAAGCAGCUUAGUCAUGCUGGCCACAUGACCCGGAAGCUGUACAACGGGUCCCUCGGCCAAUAAAGCGAGAUGAGUGCCGCAACCCCAGAGUGGGCCACGACUGGACCAAAUGGUCAGGGGUCCCUUUACCUUUAAGGAAAACUGGGACAUUCCAGGAUCAAAUCCGAAACCGGGAUGGCUUCUGAAAAUCUGGGACUGUCCUUGGAAAAUAGGGACGCUGGGAGGGUCUGGAAUGGGAGAAACCGAGAAGGUGUAACUUAGACGGAUUUUCUUGUCCAUAGGUGGGAGCAAUUUGGUAGGGUUUUGCUUUGGGUGCUGUUUCCGCUGAACGAGGAACAGAUGGGGCAGGUCUGACUUUGGGGCUGCUGCAGCCUGGAGCCAUUACUCAGUCGAGCAGCCCCAGCUGGCGCCAGUGCCGUCGCCGAAUGGCGAGGCGCCCGCUUGUGACACCUCACAGGCAUCUAGCACCCGCCACUGAACAGCAGGGAGAAUUUUCCCAUUAAAAUGUUUUUAUGGGCUGCGUCAGAGGGCGGAGGAACUGACCCUCAGCCCUGCAGAGGUGAGGCGGAAGAGGAGGACAUUUUCAAAGGGAAGCAGGUGGGCCCUGGAAUGAACAGAUCCUGGGUCAAGGGCUGAGAGGGUCUUUGACCUUGCUCUGCCCUUCACUGAUAGAUGGAGAGAGCACAACUCUGCACUCGACGAAACUCAACGUUCUGAGGUGCCAGGCAGACCUUGAAAACCACACACACUAAACAACAUUAUUCCAUCUCGGUUUCUGUUUGCGUUCUUAAAAUCCCUUGAGUUUCAUGCUUCUGCGUGUCCAAAAUUUGCACGACCAGACCUGUUAAAGGGUUUUUUUAAGUGAGCUGAUCAUCCAUUCCUUCCCAGUCCCACUCUGAUUUAUGGCUCCAUCCUUUCCACACCUGCUCAGGUGUACAUCCCUCGAAAUUCAAUGGGUUUCACUCCCAGGUGAGUGGAGGAAGGAUUGCGCCCUUAACAAACAAAUCAAUGAGAUUGUGAUGAAUGUGAGCGUCUCAACCGCAUAGAAAGAAGAGCAUGGUGUCUUGCAGUUAUUAAUAUUUGGGAGGGAGUAGCAGGAAAAGUUUGAGGGAUGCCAAUGCCCCUCAAUCCAAAUCACAAAAUUGUAAGUGUCACUCUUGGCGGAGAGGGAUAUCUAUUUAAUAUCUAUCAAUCAUCUGUUGUUGUUGUUGUUGUUGUUGUUGUUGUUGUUGUUGUUGGUCUUGCUCUUCUUCUUCUUCUUCUUCUUCUUCUUCUUCUUCUUCUUCUUCUUCUUGUUAAUUCAGCCUUUAUUGGCAUAAUUUAGACAAUUUAGACGCAGGUGGCGGUGUGGUCUAAACCACUGAGCCUCUUGGACUUGCUGAUCAGAAAGUCAGCAGUUCGAAUCCCUGUGACAGGGUGAGCUCCCGUUGCUCUGUCCCAGCUCCUGCCAACCUAGCAGUUCAAAAGCACGCCAGUGCAAGUAGAUAAAUAGGUACCACUUUGGCGGGAAGGUAAACAGCGUUUCUGUGCACUCUGGUUUCCAUCACGGUGUCCCAUUGCGCCAGAAGCAGUUUAGUCAUGUUGGCUUCAUGACCCGGAAAGCUAUCUGUGGACCAACGCCAGCUCCCUCGUCCUGAAAGCGAGAUGAGCACUGCAACCCCAUAAUCGCCUUUGACUGGACUUAACCAUCCAGGGGUCCUUUACCCUUUUUCUUUGUUAGACAAUAGAAUCGUAAGAGGGGGAAGCAAUCAUCCACACAACGUUGCAAAUCAAUACCUAUUAAACACAUAAAAUGUAUAAAAGACUCAAGAGCCACCAUUAAGUAAGAUCUAGAAUUGGCUUUGUGCCAUGCGCAUUCCUUUGGCUGCGAAGGGCCCUUGCCAAGUAAGUGCCCACCUUCCUUGUUUUGGACCAUGGCGGGUGUGCGGUUUCUGUACCCACAAACCUGGCCUGAACGCCAUCCCUCCCUUUUUGCAGCUGUUCAUGGUGGACAACGGAGCGGACGACUGGCGCAUUGCCAUGACCUACGAGCGCAUCUUCUUCAUCACCUUGGAGCUCCUGGUCUGCGCCAUCCAUCCCAUCCCGGGCCAGUACUUCUUCACGUGGACGACCCGCCUGGCGUUCACGUACGCCACCUCGGAAGCCAACACCGACGUGGACAUCAUCCUCUCCAUCCCUAUGUUCCUCCGGCUCUACCUGAUUGGGCGGGUCAUGCUUCUCCACAGCAAACUCUUCACCGACGCCUCUUCGCGGAGCAUCGGGGCCCUCAACAAGAUCAACUUCAACACCCGCUUCGUCAUGAAGACCCUCAUGACCAUCUGCCCCGGGACGGUCCUUCUGGUCUUCAGCAUCUCCUCCUGGAUUAUCGCCGCCUGGACGGUCCGCGUGUGCGAGAGGUAAGUCCCGGUUCUUCUACUCCCGCCGAGGAGGGCAUAGCAGGGGAAAGGAUGGCACUCACCCAGGGGGUCUUUGGUGCCCCCUUUCACAGCCAAGGGGAAAACCAGGUUCCUGCACCCGUUGAGCUCGUUGGGUUUGCUUGGUGCUGAGUUCGAGUCUCUGCGCUUUCUCCAGGAUGGAGAUAUCCCAUCAUUGCCCCCCCUUCCUUUUGCUUUUUACUGAUUUGUUAACCCAAAAAUCCCAAGUGCAAGCAUAACAAAAAAGAAAAAAGGCCGUGUGAAAUAAAGAAAACUAAAAAAUGCAAACCACAGAGCAUCGCAGUCUGGAAGUACAAAGAUGCAGUGUGGCUGCAAAGGGAUAAUAAGGCAUUAAUUCACUCAAAGAACUACAUUAUCACAAACAAAAUAUAAUAAUAACACCACUAUCUUUAAUAGAAUGAGUAGACGCAGUAUAUAUAAAAUAUUAAAUGUCCACAAAUUUCACAUAAAGUUCCAAUGCAAAUUAAUUUUUCCUUUUGUUUUAUCAACAUUGCAUUCCAUUUUCUGUAGGGGGUUUUCAUUCUAUCUCAUUACUGCAUCUUUUAUAUCCUAACCGUAAUACAAUAAUGUCUAAUUAUUUCUGUUUCUCAUAGUUCAAAUCCUGCUCACGAAUUCAUUGAAUUAUAAUAUUUCUUUGAAUAGCCUGGAAAAUGCGUCUCUAAUUUCAUAAAGCAAUCGUCAUUAAGUUCUCUUAUUUUAGCUGUUGGCUUUUCUGAUUCAACACAGUCCAUCCCUUUUCCUGUCCAUUUUUCUUCGGUGGGAACUCCUUCAUCUUUCCAUUUCUGUGCAUAAAGAAUCCUAGCUGCUGUAGUUACAUACAUAAACAACUCAACCGUCUUUUUGGGGGGGAAAUUCUGUCCCUAUAAUCUCUAGAAAAAAAAGCUUCAGGGUUGUUGUUUUGGUAUAAUCAAACAUUUUUUAUUAUCUCAUCAUUUAUCAAUUUAUUACCACCCUUCUCCCUAAGGUCCCAGGGCAGGUUGUAACAAUUAAUACACAACAGUAAUAUUAAAAUGCAAUAUUAAAAACAGUUUAAAGCAAUACAACUACAGGAAAGGCCCCCCAAACCCCCCACAAAGUUCGUCACAUAGAUUAAAAUUUGUGAUACUGUUCAAAAAUAACAGGCAACGCUGUCGGAUGGAAGCCGAGGUGAAUUUGGCACAUUUCAAUAUAUUCAGCCUAUUAUCUAAUGCAUACAGUAACAGCGGGUCAGAGGAGGAAUUUUGGUGCUGUUAGGCUUUUAAUGCAAGCCUAUAUCUAAUUCAUCCUUUCGGAAACAGUAAUCAAACAUGAGCACAGAACCAUCCUUCAAAAUUUGCACUUAUCGCAGUUUUGCAGUGAAGCUCUCCAGCCUAGUAAUGCAUGCAAAAGGGGGGGGGAGAAAAAGUUAGUGAAAAUAAUAAAUAAGAUUCAUUAAUAUUGCAGGAAAGUCCUCUCAAAAACUUUCGUGGAUCAGGCAAAAAUUGCAUAUAAGAAAAUGUGUAUAAGGAGAAAUUUGCACUAGAGUACUGGCAAAUUCUAGUGCAAAUUUCUCCUUAUACUAGAGUACUGGCAAAUUAGGGAUGCGGGUGGCGCUGUGGGUUAAACCACAGAGCCUAGGACUUGUUGAUCAGAAGGUUGGCGGUUCGAAUCCCCGUGACAGGGUGAGCUCUCGUUGCUCGGUCCCUGCUCCUGCCAACCUAGCAGUUCGAAAGCACAUCAAAGUGCAAGUAGAUAAAUAGGAACCGCUCCGGCGGGAAGGUAAACGGUGUUUCCAUGCACUGCUCUGGUUCGCCAGAAGCGGCUUAGUCAUGCUGGCCACAUGACCCGGAAGCUGUACACCGGCUCCCUUGGCCAAUAAAGCAAGAUGACCGCCCCAACCCCAGAGUCGGUCACGACUGGACCUAAUGGUCAGGGUUCCCUUUACUGGCAAAUUGGUAUGAGGGCAUUAAAAAUAAGGUAAAAACUAAACUAUUAUUACUAGUAGUAUAUUAAUAGUAUUUAUUUAUUUCCUGCCCUUCACCAGCAAGUUCCAGGGCAGGUUCCAGCCAUUUAAAAUUCAGAAAUAUUAUAAUUAUUAUUAUUAUGCCACCCAUCUGACUGGGUUUCUCCAGCCACUCUUGGCAGCUCCAACAAAAUAUUGGAAACACAACAUUAAACUCUUCCCUGUGCAGGGCUGUCUUCAGGUGUCUUCCAAAAGUCAUAUAUUGUUUAUCUGUUUGACAUCUGAUUAAAAACAGCUAAAUCUGAUUAUGGUCACAGGAAUGAGGCCCUGAAAGCACACAUCUCAGGCGUCAAAUGCCUGGAGAACUGAGCUUAAGUCUUGGGAGAAAUCGAGGGAAACAGAAACAAAUUCACCCCUCCCUCUUUGCGCCAGAUCUGGGCUUUCCCCUCGGCUGUGUCGGACCUAGGAGGGUGCCCCACACUUUCCAGCAGCCCCCCCCCACCGUGUUUGUCUCUGUGCCAUUCGUGUGUGUCGUUUGCUUUCUGGACUUUUUGCCCUGUUUUUCCUCCGGCCUGGAAACUGCUCAAUAACGUGCUGUUGUUGUUGUUGUUGUUUUUCCUCCUCUCCAAACCGCUGUGCUUCUCGUAGGGACAAACUGUGAGUUCUGAUUGGCUAGCAGCUGGGUAGACACAACCCUUGCACGGAGACCAAGACUUGCUCAGAAUUUAAGAUUAGCUGCAGCUUGCGGGAUUAGCAGUUUGGGGUGUCGUCUGUGGGGGCGGGGUCUGGGGUAGAGGAAACCCUGGGUGCUGGUGGUGGUUGUGAACUUUGAACAGAAUCCCAAAGCUAAUCUAGCUUUCGGAAGGAAGCUUUGUCCAUCUAUCCAUUCAUCCAUAUGUCCUUCCUUCCUUCCUUCCUUCCUUCCUUCCUUCCUUCCUUCCUUCCUUCCUUCCACUUCACCACCUCAACCUUCCCGUCCAGAGAAUUUACUCCUCCCAAAAGCUUUAUAUCUCCCAAAAUUCUCCCCAUUUAACCCCUCCCAUCUUAAGAUGUUUGCAUUCCUAGCUGAUUGGUCCUUCUUUCUCAAGAGGAAACAACGCAUGCAUGCAAGAUCUUGCCCUUGUCAUCCUUCGCGUCUAAAUUGUGCAUGGCACACACAUGCAAUUUACUUAAAUUGUUUCGUCCCCAUCUUCCUCAUUUGUGAUGUGUGCAAUGGAGGAUCUGUCCCAGACCCUCUCCCUUCAAAACUGCAUCAUGAUGAAACCUUCCAGAACACCAGAUAAUGAUAGAUGUCCAUCAACUUAGGAAACCUUACUGCAAAGGCAGUGAACCUUAGGCCUGGGGAUAAAUGCCUCUCUGUCUGACCCUCAGGACAAUCUCUAGGCCACAUCCUCCUCUCCUCAGACCACUCCAAUCACUCACCACUGCUUUGCUCCCUCCCUUGGGUGUUCUUGCCUGGCUGGCUGUAGGGAUGGGUAUAGAAACUAAAAGAGGAUAUAUUUCUUAGGUAUUAUACAUCUGGAAGAACCAGAUGCACAAAUACAGGAUGGGGGGUUCCUGGUUGUACCUGUGAAAAGGAUCUAGGGUCUCAGCAGGCCACAAGCUGAAUAUGAGUGAACAGUGUGAUACAGCAGCAAAAAAAAGAGGGAAUGCUAUUCUAGGUUGUAUAACGAGAAGUCAAGUGUCCAAAUCAAGGGAAGAAACAGUACUGCUCUAUUCUGCCUUGGUCAGACUACACCUGUGUGGGAAUGUUCAGGGAUGCAGGAGAGGAUAUAUUGUUUGAUUAUAGCCUUUUCAACUUGCGUUAACAAGUUCACAAUUUAGCAGAGUAACAUUCUCCCUUUUUAAACUCGCAGCGGAUGCGUUUGCUCAGGCUCGCUAAAGCCUCUAUAAUAACUGUUCUGGUAUUUCCCCCUUAUUCUCUCAUAAAAGAUAAGACACGGCACAGUCUUCUAUAAAAGUAUAAAAAGACUUUACUCACUCACAUUCUGUUCACAAUCGGAUCCCAGAAGGCAGACUUAGCUUAGAAAGGUAACACACACCUGGAAACUAUCCCAUAAAGAGACAGUCCCUUUGUCCUCUCUUGGCCAAGAGAGCAUCUUUGGCUAAGCCGAUGUUGCUUCUUCGAUGCAUGUAGUCAAAGAGAGAGAGGUGGCUGCCCUGCCCUGGGCUUUUGUCAUUACCUGCACAGGUGAGGCCACGCCCACCUCUAGUCACAUGCAGAGGAAGUCUGUCCCAGCCCAGAAGGAAACAGGAAGUUUACCUGCUGGCUGGACAAACAUUCCUCCCCAUGUGUAAACAUGUUCACUCUAGGAAUGUUGUACUUGACUGCUCUUGUGUUUCACAUCCCACAACCUGGAAUCCUGUGUGCAAUUCUGGGUGCCACAACAUGAGGAGGAUGUUGGCAAACUGGUAGGUGUGCAGAGGAGGGUGGCCAAGAUGAUCAAGGGUCUGGAGACCAAGCCUUAUGAGGAACGGUUGAGGGAAUUAUAUCCAAUGUAUGUAGCCCAAUAAAGGGAAGACUGAGAGGAGAUAUGAUGGCCAUCUUCAAAUAUCUGUAGGGCUGUCACAUGGAAGAGGGAACAAGCUUGUUUUCCCCUGCUCUGGAGUGUAGGACUGAAACAACGGAUUCGUGUUACAAGAAAAGACAUUCCAGCUAAACAUCAGGGAGAUGUUCUGACUGCAAGAGCUGUACAACAGUGGAACGAUUGCCCUUGGGAAGUGGUUGACUUUGAAGGUUUAUGGGGAUGGCCAUCUGUGAUGGAUGCUUUUGCUGAGAUUCCAGCAUCCUUUCCAACUCUAUGAGUGUAUGAAAAGAGGAUUAGAAAAAAAAUCACAGAGCAGGAGAUGGCUAAUGCUGAACCCCUGCCAUGUUGGCAAUGUUCUGUGUCCAGUGUCUGAGCUCCUGAAUAGCAGAUGCUGGAAACUGCAGGAGGGGAAGAGUAGCCACGUCCCUCAAUUUCAAUGGGCCUACUCUGAGCAUGGCAAACAUGGGCUAAAACCCAGUUCCCCCUUCCUGCCCACCUCCUCCAAACCCACCCCACAUCCUUUCGUCCACAAAAGCUGGUGCCCCCAUAAAUCCUCAGCCUUUAAGCUGUCCCGAGGCGGCGGCGUCAUUUCCUGGAAAUUUAUCACGGCUGCCAGGCAGGCAUUCAACCUUGAGAGGGGAGCGAGGAGGGGGGUGGCCCUGUCUCCUGCCCCCUCGUUCUCUUCUUGGCGCAGCAGUGGCUGCUGGUUGAGGAAGAACCCCCUUAGAUGCCAGGAUGGAGAAGCACCCCGGAAGCCCUUUCGUGAACACCAGGAGCUCAGCCAGCGCGCCGUGGAUUUUUUUCAGGGCUGCCUGGUUUUCUCUGUGCGAGGAAGCAGUGAGUCAGGCCACACUCAGCCGUGAAGGGAACCGAGAAGGCUGCGUGAUUCAAGCGCACAUGCACACCCACUGCCAGAGGAGAGCCAGAGGAGACUUUGAUCCCUUCCUGGCCCAGUGAUGCCCGCUUUUCACAGGAUCAUAGAACUGCAGGGACCCUGAGGGUCAUCUAGUCCAACCCCUGCAAUGCAGGAAUCACAGAUUUUUGGGGGGUUGGGGGGGGAGAGACAGAACUGCCAGACAGCUAAAUCUUGCCACCCCUGUUUAUCAUCAUCAUCGAAUCAUAGAAUUGGAAGGGGGACUCCAAAGGUCAUCUAGUCCAACCCCCUGCAAUGCAGGAAUUACAUCAUGCCACCCCUGUUUAUCAUCAUCAUCAUCAUCACCAUCAUCAAAUCAUAGAAUUGGAAGGGGGACCCCAAGGGUCAUCUAGUCCAACCCCCUGCAAUGCAGGAAUCACAAUUAAAGCAUCACCAUCAUUAUUUAUGGCCCAACUUUUCCCCUGGGACCGGGACUCAAAAUUAAAACCAACGCAGAGAAAAUGCAGAAAGCUAAAGAUCUAUCGGAGAUAGCAGUUAGGGGGGAAAAGCAAUUAAACUAUGACAGAACUGAGAACAAUAUAAAACCGCAUCUUUGCAAGCUAGCAAAGCUGAUCUAGCGAAAGCAACAUAGCGCCAUUGAAAGUCCUUUCCUGGGAAGCAGUCAGAUUUUCCACAAUGCGCAUCCUGCAUUGCAGUUGUGGGGUUGGACUAGAUGACUCUGGGGUGGCCCAUGCUUCUGACUCUGCAGAUUCCCCCGCCACCCCUCGCAACCUUUUCCGAUGUUCCGAGCAAAAUGUUCAACGGUUCACAACCGCCGCUACCCUUCCCUGGGCAAGGAGGGCUGGAUACACCUAUGGGGGACGGAGAAGGUCUGGGGGUCCACUAGCUUGAGCUUUGCAGGGUGAAUAGAAAGAAAGAAAGCAGCAAUCCUAAAUUCCUCCUCUUAACAUUGCUUGGCGUAGUCAGGCUUGUCUGGGUCUUUCUGUUCCUUUAGUUUUUUUCCCUCCUGGGGGGCAAAUUUCUGCAUUCCUCUAUCCCAGUCUUACUCCCUGCAUGCCACUCCAAAGCACCCUCUUCUUCGCUAACUUCCAGUGCAUCUUCCGAAAUCCACCACGCUCCAUGCCGGUUCUUUUCCAAGGUCGGGGAGGAGGUUAUUCUCUCUCUUUUCCUUUCCUUCUCCCUUCCUUUUUUGCCUGCAGCGAUUCGCACUGAAGGGUUUUGCUGAAAACCGUGAACUUUCUUUACUCAGGCCACACAGUUCACCUGCGGAACUCAGUGCCACAAGAUGUGGCGGUGGCCACUGUUUUAGUCAGCUAUAGAAGCAGGGCGGGCAGAAGGCAGAUAGGUAUUUGCAGGGGGCGCUGCAAUUCGUGCAUUGAUUACAGACACAAGUGAUCAGAUAAAAUUUUGCCAUGCUGAAUUGAUCUCUUCGGGAAAACCGUACAAUUUAACAAGGCAAAACUCAGAGAGCACAGUUGUGGGUCUUAUUUUAGUGAAAAUUGGUAGACUAUUGAAGAGGAGGAGUCAACUGCUGGUAGCCAUGGUGUCUUAAUAAAACCUCCUUGAUCAGGAACAGUCUAUCUCCAAAUAGUAAUUGCUGGAACAAGCAGGUCUGGCAUGCAAGCCCAGUUUUGUCGUCCCCCCCCCCCCAAGGAUGUCAGAAGUUAUCUAUUGGAUUGCCAGGUGGUUUGAUCCAGCCAGGCUCCCUUAUAUUAAAGACUCGUCACACUCAUUGAACUUAAUGGAACUUUCUAAUUUAGGCCACAUUCGUACAAUCCUUUUAAAGCACCAUUUUAAACAUUCAUGGCUCCCUCCCCCCCCCCCCCAAAAAAAAAUUCAGUGUGUGUACGAGCAGGAAGGUGUGCAGGGGAGAACGACCAAGAUGAUCAGGGGUUCGGAAAUGAAGCCUUAUGAGGAACAGUUGAAGGAGCUGGGGAUGUUUAGCCUGGAAAAGACGAGACUGAGAGCAGCUAGGAUAGCCAUCAAAAAUGGGGGUGGAGACACUCCUUCAGGCAUAUGGGGCCAAGGCAGUUGAAACAUUUAAAACUUCCCAAUAGAGGGCUGCCUUCUGAUGGGAGGGCAUUCCACAGGGAGGGGGCCACCACCAAGAAGGUCCUCUGCCUGGUUCCCUGUAGCUUCACAUCUCACAGUGAGGGAACCGCCAGAAGGCCCUCAGAGCUGGAACUCAGUGUCUGGGCUGGACAAUGGGGGUGGAGACGCUCCUUCAGGUAUACUGGGCCAAGGCUCUUCAGGGCUUUAAAGGUCAGCACCAACACUUUGAAUUGUGCUCAGAAACAUACUGGGAGCCAGUGAAGAUCCUUUAGGACCUGUGUUAUAUGGUCCUGGCGGCCACUCCCAGUCCCCAGUCUAGCUGCUGCAUUGUGGAUUAGUUGUUGUUUCUGGGUCACCUUCAAAGGUAGCCCCAUGUAGAGCGCAUGGCAGUAGUCCAAGAGGGAGAUAACCAGAACCAUAGCUGUCAACCUUCCCUUUUUUGCAGGAAAUUCCCUUAUUCCAGCGCCACUUCCUGCUGCUAUCCCAGAUUGUUAGAUAUCCCGUAGACUGUCCCCGGGACAGGUGAGGCUGCUGAUCCCUUAUUUUUGAGGCUGCUGACCCCUUAUUUUCAAAUCUGAAAGUUGACAGCUAUGACCAGAACAUGGACCACUCUGGGGAGACAGGGAGCAGGCAGCUAGGGUCUCAGAUGGAGCUGGUAAGCAGCUGCCCUGGACACAGAAUGACCUGUGCCUCCAUGGACAGCUUUGAGUCCAAAAUGGCCCCCCGGCUGCGCACCUGCUCCUUCAGGGACACAAUUACCCCACUCAGGAUCAGGGAGGCCCCCAAACCUGCCCGCCCCCUGUCCCCCAAAACAGUCCUUCUGUCUGGUCAGGACAGAUGCACUAUUCCCCAUUUCUUCUGAAUAUACCAACCCUAGUUCUGCAACAUUGCAAGGCCUGCGCACUCCUUGCCCACCCUGGUGAGAGGAGCCCUGGGCUCCUGCCCUGAAGGCGCUGCCACCUUCCAGCGAAUCAAUAGCAAUCCUAAUUAGCACCACGAGCAAUUAAGUCACACUUCCCCCCAUCCCCCCCAUAGCGCUUCUUCAAAACUAAUCUGCGCAGCUUUAAACGCUCCUUCGCUUUCCUCCAGUCUCCGGAGAGGAGUGACGCUCAGCUCAGCAGAAUAAAUCCCUCUGCGGGUAUCACUCCACUCAUCUCACAUUAGCGCUAAUUUGCUGUGUGCGUUGGAGUCGGGCGUUAAAUUGCAAAGCCCUUUUCUUUCUUUCUUUCUUUCUUUUGCAAAGCGUUGUUGACAUUUCCCUGUUCCCCCAGGACCCUACAAAUAUUCACAGGGGGCUUUUCUGGUUUUUUCCUUUCUGGCUUGUAGGUCUGUAUGCUCAGGAUUGGCACUCAACAGCCGCUGGUUGAAACAAAACAAAGCAGCCUUUCUUAACAACCCAGAAGUGUUACAUCACAGAAUCUUAAAAUUGUAAAGCUGGAAGGGAACCCCGAGGGUCAUCCAUUCCAACCCCCUGCAAUGCAGGAAUCUCAGCUUAAUCAUCCCUGACAGAUGGCCUUCCAACUUCUACUUAAAAACCUCCAAGGAAGGAGACCCCAUAAUCUCCCGAGGGAGACCAUUCCACUGUAAAAUGACUCUUAAACUGCCGGAAAGUUCUUCCUGCUGUUUAGUCAGAAUCUUCUUUCUUGUAACCUGAAGCCAUGGGUUCGAGUCCUACCCUCUGGAGCAGGAGAAAACAAGCUUGCUCCAUCAUCCAUGUGACAGCCCUUCAGAUAUUUAAAGAUGGGUAUCCUAUCCCUAGGGACCUGGGUGGCGCUGUGGGUUAAACCACAGAACCUAGGGCUUGCCGAUCAAAAGGUUGGCGGUUCGAAUCCCCACGACGGGGUGAGCUCCCAUUGCUCGGUCCCUGCUCCUGCCCACCUAGCAGUUCGAAAGCAUCUCAAAGUGCAAGUAGAUAAAUAGGUACCGCUCCGGUGGGAAGGUAAACAGCGUUUUCGUGCGCUGCUCUGGUUCGCCAGAAGCGGCUUAGUCAUGCUGGCCACAUGACCCGGAAGCUGUAUGCCGGCUCCCUAAGCCAAUAAAGCGAGAUGAGCGCCGCAACCCCAGAGUCGGUCACAACUGGACCUAAUGGUCAGGGGUCUCUUUACCUUUACCUCCUAUCUCCUCUCAGUCUCCUCUUUUCCAGGCUAAAAUCCCCAGCUCCUUCAACCGUUCCUCAUAAGGUUUGGUUUCCAGACCCAUCAUCUUCUUGUUUGCCCUCCUUUGCACGCCUUCCAGCUUGACCUAAAAGCAUUCUGGAUCUUCCAAAAGAAACACACAGUUUUCAUGUAUUCCUUCCCCCUCUCCCCACGCCCGGUAGCUAAAGCCCAUAUGUUCUUAUAUACCGCACAGCCAAAUGCAGAUUUUUCUAGGUUUUCCAUUCCCAGGCUCCUAAAAUCCUAGCUGCAGCCGUGUCACAACCUCUUCAAAGUGACAAGCAUUCGUGCCAUCCAUCGACAAAGGAUAGCUCAGUUGGUAAAGCAUGAGACUGUUUAUAUCAGGUCAUGAGUUCGAACCCCACACUGGGCAAAAAGAUUCCUGCAUUGCCGGCUGUUGACCCUCGUGGUUCCUUCCAUCGCUCUGAUUCCACUGUUGUGAGUCGAGGACCCACUUGAGGAUAAGAAAGACACCAGGACGCAGUAUAUUAGGUUAAUGGGCUAAAAAAGGCCACAACUUUAUUGGUUACAGCAUGUGAGUGGUAUUGGCUUAGGCAUUGGCUAAAACAACAGAGCGUGACUCUACCCCCUCAGGAAGGGGUGAGUCUAACAAGGGUUAACCACCAGUAGGAGGAGCCUGUUGAUGCAAAUACAACUGUAAGCUCCCCCUGAUGUCACCGGGGGUCGUGCCAUGGCCCUAGCCACCAGCAAGGGCGUCGGACAGGAUCCACGACCGCCGGAUUCCUUUAAUGGAAUACCCAAAAAGUGGAGGGGUAGGCGAUGGCCACACCCUGCCCUCCAAUACACAAACAUAUUCCAAUGCCUAACCGCCAAUACCCGAAAAGUUGCGGCGAUUUGCUACGAGAUAGGUGAAAAACGUGGGUGGCAGGACGCGGGUGGCGCUGUGUGUUAAACCACAGAGCCUAGGACUUGCCGAUAAGAAGGUCAGCGGUUUGAAUCCCACAACGGGGUGAGCUCCCGUUGCUCGGUCCCAGCUCCUGCCAACCUAGCAGUUUGAAAGCACGUCAAAGUGCAAGUAGAUAAAUAGGUACCGCUCCGGCAGGAAGGUAAACGGCAUUUCCGUGCGCUGCUCUGGUUCGCCAGAAGCGGCUUAGUCAUGCUGGCCACAUGACCCGGAAGCUGUACGCCGGCUCCCUCGGCCAGUAAAGCGAGAUGAGCGCCACAACCCCAGAGUCGUCCGCGACUGGAGCUAAUGGUCAGGGGUCUCUUUACCUAGGCGAAAAACCAAGUGGCCACUGUGAAUUUGCCAGCUGGAUAAAAUUCCUACCAGGCUCCUUGGGCCACCAACGCGACCAACCACAGGUCCAUAGCAAGGUCAAAAACAAAACAAUGAACUAAAGGGAGGGUGGGUGGGUGACCCGACGAAACCCAGCAAUGCAAUGAGGGGGAAGCGCUGCCACAGCCACAUUUGAGCAGCUAAACCCCGCCCCCAAGCCUCCGCCCGAUUGGUUGGCUGCCAGGGGGCAUGGCACGGCAGCCAGGACAGCUGAGCAGGGGCCGGAACCCCCCCUGCUAACGCAGGAAAUGGCUCCCGCUCACAGCACCUCCCCUCUGGAAAGAGGAGAGGUUUUCUGUGACCUGUUCAGUCAUUGCAAUUGAGGGAAAGCCUGAGCAGGUGGUCUAAUGACUUUAGAGAUUUCUUGGUAUUUUAAAAAGGUAAAGGGACCCCUGACCAUUAGGUCCAGUCGUGAUCAACUCUGGGGCUGCGGCGCUCAUCUCGCUUUAUUGGCCGAGGGAGCCGGCGUACAGCUUCCGGGUCAUGUGGCCAGCAUGACUAAGCCACUCUUGGUGAACCAGAGCAGCACACGGAAAUGCCGUUUACCUUCCCGCCGGAGUGGUACCUAUUUAUCUCCUUGCACUUUGAUGUGCUUCCAAACUGCUAGGUUGGCAGGAGCAGGGACCGAGCAACGGGAGCUCACCCCGUUGCAGGGAUUCAAACCGCCGACCUUCUGAUCAGCAAGUCCUAGGCUCUAUGGUUUAACCCACAGUGCCACCCGAGUCCCUCUUGGUAUUUUAGGGGACCAGAAUAAUGAGGCCUGAGGGCAUUUCCACUAAAGAUGGGGAGAAUGUUCCUCAGAGCUCACAACCCCACCAGCAAUCCUGACUUCAUUGUGAUGAGAUAUAUGCGAUGACCUCUGUAAAGAUCACUUGACCUUGUGGGGGACGCGACGGAGCUGAAUGUUGGGAUAUCCAGGACAGGAACGAUGGAGAACUUACUCACGCAGUGCAGUUAACCUGUGGAACUCUCUGCCACAGGAGGCAGUGACGGCCAUCAGACUUGGAUGGCUUUAAAAGAGGAUUGGACAGAUUCAUGGAGGGGGGCUGUCGAGGGCUACUAGCCAGGAGCGCUAUGCUCUGCAGGAAGGGAGACAGAUCUGGUGCUAGGAUCCUGCUUGCAGACUUCUCACUGGGCAAUCUGGUUGGCCACUGUGAGAACAGGAUGCUGCUGGGCCACUGGCCUGAUCCAACAGGUAAUAAUAAUAAUAAUAAUAAUAAUAAUAAUAAUAAUAAUAAUUUAUUAAUUAUACCCCGCCCAUCUGGCUGAGUUUCCCCAGCCACUCUGGGCAGCUUCCAAUUGAGUGUUAAAAACAAUACAGAAUUCUUCUUCUUCUUAUUAUUAUUAUUGUUAUUGUUAUUAUUCCUAGCUGAGACCCUUCUUAUGGAAUACAGUGGUACCUCGGGUUACAUACGCUUCAGGUUACAUACGCUUCAGGUUACAGACUCCGCUAACCUAGAGAUAGUACCUUGGGUUAAGAACUUUGCUUCAGGAUGAGAACAGAAAUCAUGUUCCAGCGGCGCAGCGGCAGCAGGAGGCCCCAUUAGCUAAAGUGGUGCUUCAGGUUAAGAACAGUUUCAGGUUAAGAACGGACCUCCAGAGCGAAUUAAGUACUUAACCCGAGGUACCACUGUAUUCCCUUGCGUAUGAUGACACAGAUUGAAAAGGCUUAGGGAAACAGUAUUUGGAGGAGGAAGAGGAGGAACAGUAGGACUUUCUUUCAAGUAAACUUGCAAAGGAUCCAGCUUCAAAGAGAAUGGAAGUAAAAGAAUCAAACAUACUGAUUGGGGGGAAAGCCGUGUUGUACCCAAAGAGGAAUCUUGACUUGUUUUUUUUUAAUGAAACAAACAAAACCCUUCAGUCUUUGAGCUGCAAAAAAAAAAGUUAGCGGGUGUUCAUCCGAUGGAGUUCUCUGCUUGGAAACCCAGAGAGCAAUCUUGCAACCACAGCUUUGAGAAUGCAGGAAUGGACACUUUGAAUGGUGGUGCUAAUGCUCCAAGGCUGCCACAGGGAUAGAAUGAGAAGCCAUAUUUAGAAUCCAUGCAAAAUAUGGGCAGGAAAGGGGUUCCCCGGGUCUGCAAAACUGAAUUUCCAAACCACUGUUGGCUAAGAUCAACGCUGCAUUCACAGUCCUGGAGCAAAUAUGCAUUGUGAAAUAACAGCUGUCCUUCAAACAGGGAGGGCAGGAAUUGCCCUUAUCUGAAUUUUGCAAUGCAGUUGUCCGAGAAAUAUUGUGUGCGAAAAAAAUUAGGACAGUGUGUGCUUUGCGGUGCAUGCACUGGUGAAAACAACCUGACGCCCUAUCAUAUUACAAAAGGUUGCUUUGCAAGAAAAUGCGUCCGUUAGUCAAACCCCAUGCAAACAUUGGUAUAUUGGGAGAAAUUUGCACCAGAAAUGCUGCCCAGCUUUCACGAGGAUAUACAUCUAUCGCUGGGCAGAUGAGGAGAACUGAAUUUAAAACGAGAAACCAAAAUCAACAAAUUCUCAUCCGUUUUGGAUCCACAUUUAAGGCGACAAUUCACAACUGAAAUACACCCAGUCCAGUGCAAAACUCUUCCAUCCUCUGUGGCAGCCUGCAGUGGGCAGAGAUUGGGCACGUGGGGGGGGUGUCCUACUGUAGCCCCACCCUCACCCACUCCGGUUAUGUGUGGGGCAGGCCAAGGGCGGAUGGGAAGAAGCCAAGACGGUUUUGAUGGAGACUUCCCCCCCCUCCUUUUACUCUUUUUCGGCCCAGAUACCAUGACAAGCAAGACGUGACCAGCAAUUUCCUGGGGGCCAUGUGGUUGAUCUCCAUCACCUUCCUCUCCAUCGGCUAUGGGGACAUGGUCCCGCACACUUACUGCGGGAAAGGAGUCUGCCUGCUCACUGGGAUUAUGGUAAGGUUCCAUCUGCCGCCUGUAUCUUUCCUGCUGGUGCACAGAUCACCCUUUGUUUCUUACAUUUCCCUGCUCUUCCUUCCCUGUGCGUUCUGCCUUUCAGCUUGUAUGUCUUCUUUUUCCUCUUCCCUCCCUGUACCUCUUUCCUUUCAUGCCAUGCCUUUCAGAUUGCCUUUCAGAGACUGCCUUGCUUUAAUUUCAGGUGUAGGUCAGCGAUUUUAAAAAAGCAACAUGGUGUCUGUGAAGUUAACUCUUUAUUCAAAACAGCGCAGGCUUGGUGACCCAAGGAACUAUUCCCAGUAGGUCUUGCCCCAAUGAGACAGUUGCAAGUAAUGAAGGUCCCCACCUUCCCACAACCAUCUAAGUCCUCUCCAGGGUUUUUCUCAAGCAGUUGCAAACUGAGGCUGGAUUGACACUGACCUGUCAUUAGAUAUACAGUGGUACCUCGGGUUGCAGAUGUUUCAGGUUACACACUCCGCUAACCCAGAAAUAGUACCUUGGGUUAAGAACCUUGCUUCAGGAUGAGAACAGAAAUUGCGCGGCGGCAGCAGGAGGCCCCAUUAGCUAAAGUGGUACCUCAGGUUAAGAACAGUUUCAGGUUAAGAACGGACCUCCAGAACGAAUUAAGUUCUUAACCCGAGGUACCACUGUACCGUUCUAAAAUAUCACAGGGCAUACAUGUAAAUUGGAUUGUUUUGUUUUUGUUUAUACAAUUUUUAUUAAAUUUUCUCCUUUACAAUUUAGAAUAUUCAUUUAAACAACCUUAAAAUACCAGUGACUUCCCUUCUUCUCUUUCCAUGGUUCAUUUUGCACAGCAUAAAUCCCUGCAUAUUUUAUAUAAACUAAACCAUUCAGUAUUCCAUUAUUACUUCCAUCAAAACUUAUUUACACUGCUGGAUUUCUCUUAAUGCUGCCAAAGUCUCCAAGUGUACACAAUUCCCCCCCCCAUAUAUUCAAUAAAUAUUUUCCAAUCUUCUUUAAAUGAAUGUUCUUCUUGUUCUCUUUUUCUAUAAGUUAGAUCUGCAAGCUGCGCAUAUUCCACCAGUUUAAGUUGCCAUUCUUCUUUGGUUGGGACCUCGCUCGUUUUCCAUUUUUGAGCUAACAAAACACGGGCCGCCGUAGUGGCAUAAAUAUAUAACAUCACAGGGCAUACUUGUAAAUUGGAUUUUUUUUUAAAAAAAACCUUCCUUCCUUCCUUCCUUCCUUCCUUCCUUCCUUCCUUCCUUCCUUCCUGUUCUAGGGGUUGCUCGUGCGUAAGCCGGUGCAAACACCUGGCUGGAUUGCCUGAGUGAACCUUUUCUGUCCGGACAGCCAUUCACCCGUGGCUGUCUCAAUCGCUGGCAGAAUCCGUCAGUGGGCGUUUCUUAAACUUCUUCCAGCAAAGAAGCUCUUUGACGCCUCGUCUCCUCCUACUCUCCCUGCGCGGAAGCCUUCUGCGCAAGGAGGGCGUAGGCAGCGGAGGAGCUCUACUCUCCCCGCUGGUCCCCGGCAAGGAGUCAUGGGACCGCCUCGCCGCUUCCCCCAUCUGCCCCCCUUCUCCACUGGUGCUACGCUGAUUCUCUUCCCCAGAAGAUGGGCUGCCUCUCCCAAUCCCGGGACGCUCUCCGGAAUCCCUCUGGAUUUUGCUCUCUCCCUCCGGCACUGAUGGCAGUCCCCUGACACUUCCUUCCUUUCUUUCUUUCGUCAAAACGCUGUUUCCCAUCUGCGCUCUGCAACACCCUCUAGUGUCACAUUUUAAUAAUGCCCUAUGAAUGUUAAAAGUAGGACGUCAUGUGUCCAUAUAGGUAUCAAAACCAUUCCAUAACGCUUCCUUAACAUUAAAAACCAUGUGUGUAGAUCUGCCCUGAGUCUGUGCAAAACAGAGCUCUAACGUGCUCCGUUCAUUUCACUGAGUGCCCUGGGAGGCCGGGGGGGGGGGGAGGAGAGCUGGUUGCAGCAGGAGGGGGAGCCUCCCUGGAUUCUUCAGCAGCCGAACCCAUUGCUGCCUCUUGGGCCUCCUCUCCUGCCUCUUCUGCUAGAAGCCAGAAUUGUUCCCAGACUAUGAAUCACUGCUUAGAAAUAUACAGUGGUACCUUGGGUUCUAGACGCUUCAGAUUACAGGCUCCGCUAACCCAGAAAUAGUACCUCGGGUUAAGAACUUUGCUUCAAGAUGAGAACAGAAAUUGUUCAGCGGUGGCGGCAGCAGGAGGCCCCAUUAGCUAAAGUGGUGCUUCAGGUUAAGAACAGUUUCAGGUUAAGAACGGACCUCCGGAACGAAUUAAGUACUUAACCCGAGGUACCACUGUACAAGAUUUACAGAAGAUUGGAAGAAACAUACGGAUUAUUUGAAGAGCAACUGUAAUCAACAAAUCACGCUAGCAGGACUGCAAGAAGUUUUGUAAGGAGAAAUGUAUGAAGCAUUGCAAAAUAGAGGAAGAAUAGAGAUAUUAGUUAUGAAUUAAAUGCAAUUGUGGAAGUAAGAAAUGUGUAUUUAGUGAAUAGAUUGGAAAAUUUUCAGAUGUGAUUGAUGGAAGUAAAAAAAAUAUGAUAUAAGAUAUGAAAGUAUGUUUAAUUACUGUUGAAAACGAUAUGUUGAAAAACUAAGAAAAAAAUUAUUAUAUAUAUAUAUAUAUGUCCACCCCUUAGAGAUUUUGGUAAUUGAAUGGCAUGUUACUAACUUAAAUGAAAAUAAGGAGCACACUGCAGUGUCCUUGGAUAAGGCUCACUUCUCCCGCCUCCUUCAGCAGGCAGGCAUCCAACUGGUUUGGCUUUCCCUAUUCUAACCCACCCUCUUCCCUGUCUUGCAGGGUGCAGGCUGUACGGCUCUUGUGGUUGCCGUGGUCGCCCGGAAGCUCGAACUGACCAAAGCAGAAAAGCACGUCCACAACUUCAUGAUGGAUACACAGCUAUCAAAGCGGGUAAGAGGUGCAACACCCUCAGCCCCGAUCCUCAACAUAGACAGAGUGUGGGUGGUAGUCAACCCUUGUCCUGCUCAAGAGUAAACCCAUCGUAGGUCAUGGACAUGAAUAACUUGGGCCAAUCCAUUUUCCAUGGGUCAUCUCCAACGCUGGUCAUAUUCAGAGUAGACCUAUUGAAUUCAAUGGGCAUGAGAACUUGAGGACCAUGAAUUUCAAUGGGUCUCUACACGGAAGAUCUUUACUUUGAGGAUAAUGCAAGGAACAACCUCGUCUACCGCUGUUUUAUAAAAUGCACAGGAUUGCUGUUCCAGAGGUACCGCAUUUUUCGCUCUAUAAGACGCACCAGACCACAAGACACACCUAAUUUUUGGAGGAGGAAAACAAGAAAAAAUAUAUUCUUUUUCAGAAUAUUUUUUUAUGAACCGACCAAUCACAUCAAAUCAAACCAAAUUACAUAAAUUCCAAAUUACACAGCCGAAUUUUAAAUUUUUGUUGGGGGUACCCAUAUUUCAAGUUCCGAAGGAAUCCAAUCAACUUAUUGCUUCUUACUGCUGUUUUAAUGUCCACAAAUCUAACCUUAUGAUGUUCACAGUACUAUCCAGUCCUUUCUUAUUAUUUUUCCACAUCUCUUGUUGUUAUUUUCAUAUAUUUUUCCUUUCUCUUUGUGACCUCUGAUAGUCUCCGUAAGCUGGUUAGAACAGUUUGUAAUCCUGCGUGGAUAUUAUUUUUUUUAUCCAGUAGCCAUAUCCAGACGUUUUCCAUAUAACAUCACUUCCAUACAUCAAAACAGUCUUAGCGUCAUUAAUCUUCACCAAUCUGCCUCCUUUCUCAAAACCUCUGAGGAGAUUCACUAGGAAUGCAGUCUGAAAACAAAUCUGUUCUUCCUCCCAGCUAUAAAUCCUUUGGCAAGAUGGCGACUCCGAAUUAAUUGCUGUGCCAUUCCCAAAAGCUCUUAUUGCUUCUCGGUCUCCAUAAAGCAUACUUUUGGUUAAAGUUUAUCUCCACACAGACCUUAAUCAUCCUGCUUGGGUCAGUUCAACCGACGGUUCUAAUGAGGAGGGGUUCUUGUAAAUCACAUAGAAGGAAAGUAAAAAAGGUUCCCCCCCCCAUUCAGCCCCGUUGUCAACAUACCCCGCCUUUGGUGUAUCUUCAUCGUAAAAUAUUCCUGUUUCUCCAGCCCAUCGUCUUCUUUUGCAGAGAUCACUUAAAUUAGCAGACUUCACUCCCCUUCUUCACUUGAAAUAUGUGCAUUUGCUUCUUUUGUAAUUAAUUAUUCCAAAUUGAUGCAACUAGUGCGUGAUCAGAGACAGCGUCCAGGAGAGCCAAGGUCCACAAGGAGGCAUUCUGCCUAGGGCCCUCACCCCCUUCUUUCGAAUUAGGGGGUGAUUUAUGGGCACAGCAGGCAAGGGCAGUGUUCCCCAUUUCCUUGGGGCAACAAGGGAGGCUGCCUACUCCCAUAACAGCCUCUUAAUUACCCCGUGUGGGUCGGAGAGAUGGUAUUGUCGGCCAUCUUCCAAUGCGCCCCCUAGUGGCGCCCCAGAAAAAAAUAUAUUCUGAAUCUCAGAAGCCAGAACAGCAAGAGGAAUCGCUGCGCAGUGAAAGCACAAUCCCUCUUGCUGUUCUGGCUUCUGGGAUAGCUGCGCAGCCUGCAUUCGCUCCAGAAGAUGCACACACAUUUCCCCUUACUUUUUAGGAGGGAAAAAGUGAGUCUUAUAGAGCAAAAAAUACGGUAAUUCCUUGUAGCGGCCAUUCAGAGAAUCAAGACUUGACUGUGAAAACAGUAAUAUUUAUUUAUUUCAUAAUAUGCAUGCACCCCUUAAUUGUUUUUUUUUUAAAAAAAAAAACCUCAGAGCAGUGUGAGAGGUGUGUGUGUGUAUCACAAUAAAAUGAUCCAAUAAGGAAAAUUAAUAGCAAUGAUUUAAAGUUAAAAAUAAACUAAAAACAGAUUAAAACUCACACCACCUUUCUAAAUAUCUGGAUGGCAAAAAUCUCUUUAGCAGACGCCAAUAAGGGUACAGGGGUAUCAAAAGGCAGGGAGUUCCAAAGUGUAGAUGCUGCCACACUAAAAGACCGAGUUCUUAAUUAACUCUGAAUAGUUAGCUUUCUUAAGACACGGGUGCAACUUAGCAUCUUCACAAACAAUCCUUCACAGAGUCAAACUUGGAUUGGUUGGUGAUAACCGAGAGCUAUCACAAUGGGAGCAAGGUAGGAUUGGUCAGAGACUGUGCCAUCACGAACUCCAGCGAGCCUAUUUUUUUGGAAGAGCGCCGCUCACCUCCUCAGAUUUCUCCUGCCUGUCUGAGGCCCAUCUCCUUUUCUUUCCCCCUUAACCCCUUCCCCUCCCCAACCCCCCAGGUGAAGAAUUCUGCCGCCAACGUACUCAGGGAAACGUGGCUGAUCUACAAGCAUACCAAGCUGGUGAGGAAGAUUGACCAUGCCAAAGUACGGAAACACCAGCGUAAGUUCCUCCAAGCCAUCCAUCAGUAAGUCAAACAUGUUUACCUGCUUCAACCCCCCCCCCCAGUGCCUGCUGCUUCCUGCUCCCACCCACCCACCCUCCAUCCCCCUGUUCUGUUGUCCAGGUCUCUCCCUGACUUGGGGGUCCCUGCCUGAAAGGAGGGGAAUCCGCCCCACUAAAUACGAUGCACCGUUCAAUCGUUGCAAAAAUCUGCUGCUAGCUGGGGGUGGCAUUGGGUUGUUAUACGAAACCUACCCGUAUCGUGUGGGAACGUUCAGGGAUGCAGGAGAGGAUAUAUUGUCUGAUUAUAGCCUUUCCAGCUUGUGUUAACAAGUUCACAAUUUAGCAGAGUAACAUCCCCCUGUUUAAACUCACAGCGGAUGCGUUUGCUCAGGCUCGCUAAAGCCUCUAUAAUAACUGUUCUGGUAUUUCCCCCUUAUUCCCUCAUAAAAGAUAAGACACGACACAGUCUUCUAUAAAAGUAUAAAAAGAGUUUACUCACAUUCUGUUCACAACUGGAUCCCAGAAGGCAGACUUAGCUUAGAAAAGUAACAUACACCUGGAAACUAUCCCAUAAAGAGACAGUCCCUUUGUCCUCUCUUGGCUGGAGGCCAAGAGAGCAUCUUUGGCUAAGCUGAUGUUGCUUCUUUGACGAAAGUAGUCAUAGAGAGAGAGAUGGCUGCCCUGCCCUGUGCUUUUGUUGUUACCUGCACAGGUGAGGCCACGCACACCUCUAGUCACAUGCAGAAGUCCAGCCCAGAAGGAAACAGGAAGUUGACCUGCUGGCUGGACAAACAUUCCUCCCCAUGUGUAAACAUGUUCACUCUAGGAAUGUUGUACUUGACUGCUCUUGUGUUUCACAUCCCACAUAUUGGAGGUCUGUGUGGGAAUGUUGUGGAUAGUAGGAGAGGAUAUAUUGAUUAAAUAUUAUCCUUCCUCACUCACGCUAGUGAGUUCGUAGCAGAGUCCAUUUCCCCCAGCAUACAUCAGGAAGCUAGUUGGUAGAUUCGUUUGGAUCUCUUUACUUAAGCAGUCCAAUCUGGCUUGUCCAGGUUGGGUUUGAUCCUGGUAAAUUCCCCUUUAUUCCCUGUUACAACAAUAAGGACCACAACAGUCUUCUUUUAAAAGUAAUGAUAAGAAGUUUACUUACAUUCAGUUCACUGUAUGAUCCUGAAGGCAGGCUUUAGCUUUUAGCUGCAGAAGAGAGUUUAUCCCAUAUGUGCUGCUGGCUGAGAGCCAGCAGAAAACAAAAAGACAUCAAGAGAACAUCAUCAAGAGAAGCAAGAGAAGGAAGAUGGCUGCGUGACCAGCCCUUUUAUGGGGUCUCCUAGGGCCACGCCCAUCUACCUGGUCACACGCAGGGGGAGGAUGCUCCAGACCAGGUCACAGGAAGUCCUCCUGGCUGGAGCAACAUCCCCCUGUGUGUCCACUCUGGGCAAACAGGAACUGUUGUAUUUGACUGCUUUCUGUGAUGUUACAUCCUACAGUCUGAGCUGCUUUGAUUUGGAGCCACAUACUGGCCUUGUCCACAUCUAGGUAUUGCCAUCGCUCCCUUGGAGAAGACUCAAGAAUCCAUACCUGUCAUGGGAAAGGUUAGGUUCAUUCUGUGGGAAUGUUCAGGGAGGCAGGAGAGGAUAUAUUGUUUAAUUAUUUCCUUCCCAACUUGUGUUAGCAAGUUCUAUAAUUUAGCAGAGUAACAUUCCCCUUCUAAAAUUUGUACAGCAGAUAACGUAUUUGUCAGGCUUGUAUAAGCCUCUAAAAUAAGCUUCCUCGUAAUUCCCCUUUGUUCCUUCGUAAAACAUUAGGCACAACACAGUAUUGUAUAAAAUUAUAAAAGAGUUUACUCACACACAUUCUGUUCACAGAUGGAUCCCAGAAGGCAGACUUAAGUUACAAAAUAUAUACACUUGGGAUCUAUCCCAUAAGGAGAUAGUUCCUUUGUCCUCUCAUGGCUGCAAGCCAAGAUGCCAAGAGAGCAUCUCAGGCUAAGAUGUUGCUUCUUCAAGGAAUGGAGUCAGAGAGAGAGAUGGCUGCCUCCCCUGUGCUGUUUUGUUACCUGCACCGGUGAGGUCACGCCCACCUCUGGUCACAUGCAGAGGAAGACUAUCCCAGCCCAGGAGGAAACAGGAAGUUCCAACUGGCUGGUCCAGACAUCCCCUUUUAUGUUCACUCUAGGAAUGUUGUAUUUGGCUGCUCUGUGUUUCACAUCCCACACAUCCAAAUAUAACAAUGUAGAGCAACGGUUGCCAAACUUUUUUGGGGGGGACCUCACCCACUUGCUUCCACAAAUGCACCCUUAGGGCCUCCUACCUCUACCAUACAAAAGGCAGAACAACGGUUUGCACAAACCACUAAUAGCGGGGUGGGAGAGUUUAAAAAUAAAAUCACAUCUGGUAAGCAAUGUGUCCCUUUGGUUUCAGAUAGUACAUGGGAAGACGAGUCUAAAAAGUCCAGGACACAAAUUUUCACGGCCCUCUAGUGAAUAUGGUGGCUCAUUUACCAGAAGUAAUGCAUUUCACACGCUCCAAUAUUUCUCCCGUGAAAAUAGGGACGUCCUAAGGGACGCGGGUGGCGCUGUGGGUAAAACCUCAGCGCCUAGGACUUGCUGAUCGUAUGGUCGGCGGUUCGAAUCCCUGCGGCGGGGUGAGCUCCCGUCUUUCGGUCCCAGCUCCUGCCCACCUAGCAGUUCGAAAGCACCCCUAAGUGCAAGUAGAUAAAUAGGUACCGCUUAUAGCGGGAAGGUAAACGGCGUUUCCGUGUGCUGCGCUGGUGCUGGCUCGCCAGAGCAGCUUCGUCACGCUGGCCACGUGACCCGGAAGUGUCUCCGGACAGCGCUGGCCCCCGGCCUCUUAAGUGAGAUGUGUGCACAACCCUAGAGUCGGACACGACUGGCCCGUACGGGCAGGGGUACCUUUACCUUUAAGGGAAAGCGGGGCAUUCCGGGAUCAAAUCAGAAACCAGGGCGGCUUCUGUAAAUCUGGGACUGUCCCUGGAAAAUAGGGGGACUUGGAAGGUCUGGUGUUUAGUGUUAACUUUGGAAGUAUCUACUCGAUUCUGACCAAACAUAGCCUCUCAGAGCAAAAUAUACAUAGGAGACUUGGUUUGGGAAAGUAGCUGUAUCUGGGAUAAGGCAAUAUUGCCGCUGGUUGUGUGACAUUAGACAAGGAUAUAGAUACAUGCAAGAAAUUGCAAGCUUCUUCUGCAUCAUGGUCAGCGAGUCUGAUAAAAAAAAACACAUGCCCCAUAUCUAGAUUUCCCAACCCAACCCAAGUCUAGAAGAGCAGCUUCUGUUUACCUUCCAAGAUCCUGGACAGCACCUUUGCCAGAUUUUCGGUCAAGGACAGCUGCCGCCUUCGCCACACAGACUUUCAUGUGUUUCAAACCAUUUGUGUUUUUCAAAUCCCCCUCCCAUAUCCGUGUUACCCAUUUGCUUGUGUGCAUCGAUGCAACAUGGGGAGGAGAGGGAGAUGUGUUGGUGUGGCGGCACGCACAAUUGCACGUCGAGGUUCCCUCGCUUCCCCUUGCGUCGAAGGCGAUCUACGAUGAGAUGGUUUGUCAGCGAACCAGAGUGUGUGAACUUGCAGAGCUGUGUGCCGUCAAAAUAACCUUGAGGCGACAAAAUUGUGGGUCCCUAGCUUUCGUUUACUGUGUUUUACAUGCAGUGUGUUAUCAGUAAUGUUAAGUUGUGGGUGAACAUAUCAGACGACACAGCGAUUCUUCAAACAGCUCUUGUUUAUUCACAGGCCAGGACAGAACUGAACUGAAGGGUUCAGUCAGCCUGCUUAUAUAGAGCUCCAGUACAACGUUACUGUAACAACUUUCUUAUACUAUCCAAUCACUGAACGUCACUUUCGAUCCCUUAUUUGCAUAACUAUCUACAGUAUCCCCCUGCUGGCCCAGGGUGAGAACUUCAGUACAUAACAAGUAAUGUCGGGGCAAGGGUGGGUGGCUGAGGAAGAGAGAGAGAGAGAGGUGUAACCAAACUGACAGAACCGGAAUCAGUGGCGCUCUCAAGAGUCCAAUGCUUUUCCCAGCUCAGCCAACCAGUGCCGGUGAUACUGACCUAGACGGAUUGGUGGUUUAGCUCACUGGAAGGCAACUUCCUUUGUGAACAAAGGACCUGAAUCUUACAUGGUCCCCCAGCUCAGUAGUCUUCCAUACAGUAGGAUGCAAGUUCUAUCGCAUGCCUUCCAACAUUUCCCUGAUGAAAACAGGGACGUCCUAAGGAAAAGCAGGACAUUCCAGGGUCAGAUCAGAAACCGGGACGGCUUCUGUAAACCCAGGACUGUCCCUGGAAAAUAGGGACACUUGGAUGCUUAAAUAUACAUUCCCAAAAAAGGCUGAAGAACUAUUGCUAGGUUUAAUAGGAGAGGAUAUUAAGAAGGUUAAGAAGAUUAUAUAUGUAUGCUACGACAGCUGCCAGAGUUUUGAUAGCCCAAAAAUGGAAAACACAAGAGAUACCAACUGUGAAGGAGUGGCAGACAAAGUUGGUCGAAUACGCAGAAUUAGCAAAACCAACCCAUAGGAUUCGUAGUCAGGAGGAAACAACGUACCAAAAAGAAUGGAGGAAAUUUAUGGUCCAUAUAAGUGAGAACGGUAGAAAUUUGAAGACGUUAGCAGGACUGAAAUAAAUCUUAGGUCAUGGUUUAGUUAUUAUUAAGGGACUGUGGAUUAGUGAUUGGAAUAAGAAAACCUGCGGAAGGGAUGUCAACUGCUCUACGGAGCGUAAAGUAAGGCAGAUGUAAAAAGAUUUGAAAUAUUUGUGUAUUUUGUUGGUGUAUUUGAAAUGAAAACUUAAUAAAAAGCAUUUUUAAAAAAGGAAAAGGAAAUAGGGACACCUGGAGGGUCUGCAUGGCAUCGCCAUGGAAGAGAUGGAAAUCUCUGGCUGCCAGUCAGUGCAGGCAGUAUUGAACUAGAUGGAGUGGGGAAGCGGGUCUGGCUCUGUAUAAGAUGAAUUCCUAUGUUCCUGCGCAUAAGAGGGAGUCGCUGGCAGUGCCCCCCCCCCCGGUUAGUGUGUGCUGGGUUUUCGGCUAUCCUCAUAACUUCGACCCACAAUUUGACCACUCCGGGGUGGGGAUCUAUGGGUUCUGGGGAGCAGAGAAGGCAGUGUCUGGCGGUGUGACCCCCCCCCUUCCUAUCUCUCAUGUUUAUUUAAACCUGUGCUGUUGUUUUGUCUCUGUUCCCUCCCCCCCUCCACCCCACCCCGCCCUUGCAGAGCCCAGAAGUAAGUUACUGUUCCGCCAGAACUUUUGUUUGACUGCAUGGUUUGCCCGUCUUUGUCUCCACCCCUCCGGGAGGCCACAACGCCGACCCCAUUCAGACACACACGCAUGCCCAAGUUACGCACGCAAAGGUGCACAUCCCAACCGCGCUUCACCCCGGCCAGCCCUCGGCUAACCCAAAUUUCUCUCCGUUUCGAAAUGUGGACAGCGAGAGAGAGAGAGAGAGAGAAAAGAGAGAGAGAGAGUGAGAGUCAGAAAUUUGGGGGUUCGUAGCAUGCCAGUCCACUGCCAACUUGCAAAUGCCGUGUUUCUCUUCCCUCCCAUCUCUCAGCACAAGCUGUUUCCAUCUUUUGCCUGUGUCUCGCGACGUUGCUCUGAUUUAGAGGCCAAGCAACGGAAGGGCUUUCUGGACCCAUCCAUAAGUGGGAGCGUCAUUAUGUCUCCAUCUCACAGCACCCACAUGGACCCUCCUGCCUGUAUCGGGAAGUUUUUAAUGUUUGACGUUUUACUAUGUUUCCAUAAGUGCUGUAAGCAGCCCAGAGCGGCUGGGGGAACCCAGCCAGCUUGGCAGGAUAUAAAUAAUAAAAUUAUAUUAUUAUUAUUAUUAUUAAACUGCUCCCUCCAAUGUCAUCAUUGCACUGCCCAUCAGCCUGGCAGAUCCCAUCUGAAUUAUUAUUAUUAUUAUUCUGAAGGUAAACGGCAUUUCCGUGCGCCCUGGCACUUGUCACAGUGUCCUGUUGCGCCAGAAGCGGUUUUAUCCUGCUCACCACAUGACCUGGAAAAGCUGUCUGUGGGCAAACGCCGGUUCCCUCGGCCUGAAAGCGGAGAUGAGCGCCGAACCCCAUAGUCGAAUUCGAUUACCUUUAGCUAUUGCUAUUAGUAUUAUUAUAGCUCUCCCUUCCACAGGCCACAACAUGUAAACUCAACAUUAAAAAAACCACAAUCAAAACCGCAACUGGGGUGUCAGGAUCAGGCAGCACAUUUUCCGCAUGUGACAAAAGCUGCGCAAUGAAGGUGCCUUGUAGAUCUCUGUGGGGAGGGAUAUACGCAAUGCAGGGGCUGCCACAGAGAAGGCAAUCUUUCUCCCCAAACUGCCACCCCCCCAAAAAAAAAGACUUCUGCAGGCAAGAGGGCCACCUCUGCUGUGUUUUCCGCUAGCAACAAUGGCUAUGCGAUGCCUAGACAGCAAUGCCUGUUGCUAGAAACCCACGGGAAGGGUGAGUUGGUUCUGUGUUCGAGUCCUGGUUGAGAGUCUCCCAUAAUGGGCAUCUGGUUGGUCUCUUCUUAUGUUCUUAACACGUGAGAGUCUGCAGUCUCUCAGAUAUUUGGGACCUGAGUCGUUUAAGGGCUGUAAACAUAGUGUGAGCAUCUUCAAAUAACUCAGGGAAUGUGAGAUGAUUCUCUCCCCCACCCCACCCUUACUUUCCCAAUUUCCUGAUAAGCCAGGCUGGGAAAGGUCCAUUGAAUCCAUCCUUCGGACUGUCACAGGAGUAUGCCAGUCAGUAAUCACACAGAUCAAAGGUGGAGUUAACUUGUUAUUAGCAAAAACAUCAUCUCCACAGACUUGGCUGAGUUCCAGGCCUGAUGAGGAGAGCAUCUCAUUUCCGGUGGUCUUCCUCCAUAAAAUUCAGUUGCUGAAACUGAAAGUCCCCACCCCCUCCUCUCCAGGACUUUCCCCCCAAGCAAUCAGAGACUGCUCCUGUCAUCAGCCAACCUCUUCUCCACCCUUUUCAUGCCUCUACUGGUUCUGGGAGACAAGCAGGGAGGAGAUCUGGUUGCAGCACCUUCCCUGCCCUGAUGCCUUCCGGAUGCUUUAGAAGAUACAUCCAUCCAGUUUGCAUUUUCAUGCAAAUAUGACCUGAUCCGUGCCCCAAAACCAAUAUGCGAGCCAAGAAGACAGCUCUCAGGGUGAAUCAGACUAAUAUUUAAAAGCAGACCAUAUCCCUAAAAGUGGUAAGGGGCCUCUAAAUUUUCUAGUGGGGUGAAAACCCAACAGGGUUUCUCAGAAGCUGAGUGGCUGACCUCCGAGGCUCAGCUGAGACAGGAAGGUCUUCUCCAGUCCCCCAAAAACCUAGAGGUGGAGGGUCACUCCAUGCUGAGAGAGGGCUCUUCUCUAAGCUGUCUCCACCCAAGCCAAUGGUCUCGUGCCAUUGGCUCCCUGCAUGCCUGGGUGUGUGUGUGUUUGGAUCCAGCAAGGCGGGAUCUGGAAUUGUGUGCAUGUCUGUCUACGGUGAUGGUGGAAACUCUUUCUCUCAUCUCCUGUCUGUUCCACCUGCAGACCACUGCUUCGUGCAACCCCAACGUCCUGCCCGCCUUCCCUCAUCUUUAAUUCCCGCUAUCGUUUUUGCUUUCCAGGUUGAGGAGCGUGAAAAUGGAACAGAGGAAGCUCAACGACCAGGCAAACACCCUCGUGGAUUUGUCAAAGGUGAGCCACGCCUGGGUGAUGGAAACAUCAAGCAAUGUUUGGGUCUCUGCUUGAAGUAAUCACCUUGGGUUGGGGUAGAGGCUCUAGGCCAGGGGUCAGCAAGGUUUAAUCCACGAUUUCUGUGAUUUCCAGUGUCUGUGUUUGCACAGACACAAUUUUUGGCGUCUGCACAUGUGCAGAUGUGAUUUCCGGCGCUGCCUAAGCGAGUCCCCAUGCCACACUGCGCCGGUUUAGCGCAGUGCGCGGGGACUCACCAAGCGGGCGGCUUGGUUCCUGGAGAGCUGUUACCUGUCAGUGGAAAUAUUAUUGAACUGGAUCAGUGGUUCCCAAAGCGGACAGAGGAAGGAAGGAAGGAAGGGAGGGAGGGAGGGAGGGAGGGAGGGAGGGGACUGGUUGGAUGAGAGACACCAGCUUUAGAACACCCUAGGAAACCUUCAGGGGAAGAAGGCUCAUAACCAGGGGGCAGAAGAGGUAACAGGGCUUAGUGAGCAGGGAGAGUGUGGCAGAGAGGAAGUGCCAAUAGUAAUCUUCCGUCCACCCCUUGGCCCAGGUCGUUUUAUUCACAAAAGAACUUUUUACACAGUGUUCGUAAGAACCAAUCAGAUUUCCUCUGAGCAUUUCAAAACCCCCACGUGGGACAAAGUCAAAUCAGAAGAAAUUAUUUUAACUACAAAGAAACUAUUUCCUACUUGAGCAUGCAUAUGUAGUUCAGAGUAAAUAAAAUAGGACUAAAGGAGGAAUGCAUUCAGCAAACCCCAGAGGUCAUAAACGGCAGUAAACAGGAGAGGAAGGAUGGCAGUAUUUACCAUCUCCUUGUGAACUCUCUUCCUGGCGCUUAAGAUCUUUUUGCUCCCAAAGAUGCGCUAGGUCUUAUUUAAUAAUAAUAAUAAUAAUUUAUUUAUACCCCGCCCAUCUGGCCGGGUUUCCCCAGCCACUCUGGGCGGCUUCCAACAAAACACUAAAAUACAAUAACCUAUUAAACAUUAAAAGCUUCCCUAAACAGGGCUGCCUUCAGAUGUUUUCUAAAAGUUUUGUAGUUAUUUUUCUCUUUGACUUCUGGUGGGAGGGCGUUCCACAGGGCGGGUGCCACCACUGAGAAGGCCCUCUGCCUGGUUCCCUGUAACUUGGCUUCUCGCAGUGAGGGAACCGCCAGAAGGCCCUCAGCACUGGACCUCAGUGUCCGGGGAUGUCUUAUUUUUCCAUGAAGAAGAAUAUGAUACACAUUUAUUGUCUAAUUGUGAGUCAGCCAGACUCUGUCAGGGCAGAGCGAACAGCAGGCAGCAGCUUAUCCUGGCAGUGGCGCGGGCUCUCUGAUUUAAAGAGACCUCGCACUGCCUGAACAGCUCCGGCUGCGCUGCAGCUAAUCAGUGAGCUGCGCGGUGGCGCCCGCUGCUACGGUCCAGAGGAGUCAGAUGCCUUACGGUAGCUUUGGGGGCCUUAUAUUCCGGGGAGGCCUUAUGUUCGGGGGAGGCCUUAUUAUCGGGGAGGUCUUAUUUUCGGGGGAUCUCUUACUUUUGGGGAAACGGUAUUCUCAUAAUUCCUCGUAGCAAUCCCACCUGACCCCCGCAGAGAAGGCCAGAAUCAGAAGCGGAGGCUGUAGAGGAGGGAGGCCAAGAGGCUGAGAUGAUUGAGGUGGAUGAAGAGUCCUAGUGGUCUCCCCCUCCUGCUGUGACGAGCUCCCCUCUCCCCUGGUCCCCCAGAAUGAAAUAAGUGGCUAGUGCAACCCAGUCAGAUGGGCGGGGUAUAAAUAAUAAUAAUAAUAAAUUAUUAUAUUGUAUUACUAUAAAUAAGCGGGGCCGGGGUGGUGGUAAGGAGGAGGUUUGGAGCCACCCUGCUCUCUUCCAGUGCAGCGACCACCAACCCAUUCCCCCUUUCCCCUCCCUUUCUCUCCAGACGCAGAACGUCAUGUAUGACAUGGUGUCAGAGCUGCAGGAGCGCAACGAGGACCUUGAGAAGCGCAUCAGCGCCCUGGAGGGGAAGAUCGACAUGCUGGGCCUAACUCUGCACGCGCUCCCCAGCCUCGUCAGCCAAGCCAUACGCCAGCAGCAGCGGGCCCUGCCCCGCACCUGCGGCACCUCCAACAGCUCCGAACGCUCCUGCUGGACUCCCACCCGCCGGCGGAAGUCUCCCUCCACUGCCCCUCACACAUCCUCGGACAGCGGGUGAUUCAGGGGGGCGGGCUCACGCACCAGGGGCACCCAUGGACUCAUAUAUGGCCAUUGUGUGGCCGAUUCCCCUCUGAGCUUUUUUCUGGAAAGCCCUGUACACAAACCUCCCCAAGUCCGCUGAGAUGGGCCCGUGCCGCGGAAGACUCGUCGGGCACAGAAAACGGAUUCCGAACCCGGUUCCAAUGUAACAUUAUGCAAAGCUGGGGAUGUUUCUUUUGUUUGUUUGUAUGAGGAGAGGGUGAGAGCAGGGCUUUUUUUCCUCAGCCGGAAUUUGCUGGAACUCAGUUCCGGCACCUCUCAGGCGGACGCCAUUGCCAUUCUAAGAGACCAAGGGAGGCGUUCAUGGUGAGUGCUGGCACCUCUUUUUCUUGAAAAAUAGCACUGGGUGGGAGGGGAAUCCCAUGUAGAAAUUGCGCAAAUUCACAACAAUCCCUUUUUUAAAAAAAGAAUCACUUCCCUCCCUUCCAACGCCAGCCAUUUGGUCCUUAGCCAUGCCCUCCACGGGAGCCAUCUUGCACCAUGGUCUCAACAUUCAGCCUGGCAAGGGGUGAGACUAGAUGGGCCUUUGGUUCCCUUCCAACAGUAUGGUUCUAUCGUCCUGUGAUUCCAAAUGGGGACCUUUCAGGCGACAGUCUCCCACUCCACUCGCUCGUUCGCCUUUUCUCUUCCCAAACUGGAGAGAAAUGCUGGCAAAUGCCCAUUUCUCAUAAAACUAUAUAUGGAUUUAACAUGUUAUGGAGCCAUACAUAAGUGCAAGGGGGUCUGAGGCAGCUGGGACCAGUGGCACAUGUGUGCUUUUUUUUUUGCUCUCCUUCCAAAUCCCGUUCUGUCUCCUGGAAGAAAGAAUAAGACCUGUUUUAAAGCAGGAGCAGAGACCUCAUCCCGAGAGCCCCAUUUGCUACUGGGAGGGCUUCUGGGGGCCACAUGCCACUGUUGGGUGAGGCCGGGGGGGGGGAGUGGAUAGAGCAAUUGAUGCAAAGUUUACUUUUAUGCAAUUGGCUGGUUUCUACGCACACUACACCUGUCAUCCAGACAUGCAAGGGGCCUCAUCAGAAUUCAAGGAUGCACCCUAGGCAGACAAAAACACUCAAGCAAGGUGCAGAACGAGGGUCAAUGAGGGGAGAGUUCCAGGGGCCAAAUGGAGAGGCCUGGAGGGCCAUAUCCAUCCCCUGGACCAGAGGUUCUCCACCCCCUGUUAUAAAGAAAUAAAUAUUGUGGGCUGUAUCUAAUGUUAAUCCAGCUCACUGAAAUUAAUGAGCAAGCCCAUUCGCUUCAAGAGGUCUAGAUAGUUGGAGCCAACCCAGGGGUGUAGCGUGGGGGUGCCAGGGGUUCAUUUGCCCCAGGCGCACAAUUUUUGAGGGGGCACGAGCGAGGCACCCCCAUGCAGGCAGUGUGGCCUGGCCCAGCACUCCUCUGUGCCUGACAAGGGUUGCGUCAGCUGGCUGGGCUCCCCGCUGCGUGGUCAGGCAGGUGGCUCAGUGUGACCCCAUUUGCUCAGGUGGGGUUGCAGUUGCGUGAGCCCCAGGCACCGGGCACUGGCAACUGCCACUACAACACUGAGCUGACCCACCAGGCACCUAUUGGCUAGUGCCUGUAACAUCAAUAGUGGCACACAAUUCCUAAUCUGAUCCCCACAACCGCACAAUAGCAGGUUUGUUAACAGCUUUUAAAGGGUUCUUUUAUUAUUACUUUUUCUUUUUUUUAAGUAAGAUGAUAGACACUGAAAAAAGAGGGUGAAAUCUAAUGUCGGAAAGAGACAGAACAUUCCACUUUCCUCCAACAAUAGAGUGAAUGGCUUCUGGGUUUGAAAAACCUGUAAAAUCAAAUAAUAAGGCUACAGGCCUCUCCUUACUCACGACAAGCAAGCUCACUGUCUCUUGUAAGAUCCUAUAAAAUCCGUGGCAGCAACACACCAAAGGGAACUUUUGCUGAUGCAAUUCCAAAUGUAAUAUAAAGGGGGGUGACAGCAGCGCUUUGCACAUGGGCAGUUGAAGCGAUGUUACAUUGGAAAUCAGCCCAUCUGAACUGGGGGAAGUCAUGUCUCCUGUCUCCAAUACAAGGUCAUUGGGCAGAAAGCAGUGGCUGCGAGGCUCUGGUGUCCUUCUGCCUUUGUGACUCAGUGGACGCACAACAUGUUUCUGGGGUCUUCCAAACAUGGGUUCUCCUCCUCUAAAAAAUUAGAUUUUGUAAUCUAACCGCCCUGUUUCCUCUCAUACGCACACAAGCACAUUCCUCCUGCUUUCGUUUCGAAAACUUCCGGUUUGAUCUCUUAAAACACUGUGCAUCUUUCUAGCUCUUGAAUUGAUCGAUCGAUCGUGAGUGUGUGUGUGUGUGUUUUGCGGGGAGGGUGGGGAGAGGCUGAAAUUUGGUGGGGGGGGAGGAUUGCAACCCAACGUAUUUUAUAAGAAUUAGGAAAGCGCGGAGGAUGAUCGAAGUUUUGUUUUGUUUUGUUUUUCUAUUAAAGGUUCUCUUGAUUUCAAAUUGGGAUUGGUUUUUAAGGAUAGCUUUAAGAACAUAGAAUCAUAGGGAAAAUGUAGAGUUGGAAGGGACCACGAGGGUCAUCUAUUCCAACCCCCUGCAACGCAGGAAACUGGCCCAACAUGGGUCUCGAACCCACAACCUUGAGAUUAAAAGUCUGCUGCUGAGCUACCUGGAGAACAUACGACAAGACUUUCUGGUGUGGGGCAAGGCACACCCACAUCAGUCUUCUCAUGUCCCACCAGUGGGAUCUGGGGAGGUUCACAAAGGUGAUAAACCUCCCCUUUUAUCUCAGGGUAGACCCUCUCUGGAUGAAGAGGCUCUACUCAGUUGUCACGGCUGGCAACCAUUGCAAGACUUUUCCUGCUCUGUGAUAUUGCGCACUCCCCUUUUUGGAAAGACGAGUCCUGCAGGAUCAGACCAAAGCACCAUUUGGUCUGGAAUCAUAGAAUCACAGAAUGGUAGAGUUGGAAGGGACCCCAGGGGUCUUCUAGACCAACCCCCUGCAAUGCAGGGAUCUCAGCCAAAGCAUCCAUGACAGAUGGCCAUCCAAUAUCUGAUUAAAAACCUUCAAAUAAGGAGAGUCCACAAGGGAGUCCAGUCCACUGUCAAACAGCUCUGACUGUCAGAAAGUUCUUCCAGAUGUUUAGUCAGAAUCUCUUGAAGCCAUGGGUUCGAGUCCUACCCUCUGGAGCAGGAGAAUCGAGCUUGUUCCUUCUUCCAUGUGACAGCCUUGACGAUAUUUGAAGAUUGCUCUCAUAUCGCCUCUCUUUUCCAGGGUAAACAUACCCAAGCUCCUUCAACCGUUCCUCAUCAGGCUUGGCUUCUAGAAUCCUGUCUUCCAAAGUGGCCUCAGGGCAAAUGCAGGCAGUAGCCCUCCCUUCCUGUUGUCCUCAACUCAUUCCAGCAUCAGUGGUAGACUACUUAUAAACAGGGAGUAGUGGCAGACUUGGGGUCUCAAAUUUCAGUUGUGCCCCUUGUGACACCAAGGUUCAGGGCUCCCAUACACACACCCUCUCGCCUUUUAUUCUAGACAUCAUAGUUGCAGCAGCCCCUGUUAUUCUUUGUCAUGGGCUAACACAGUGACCCACUUGGAAAGGAAGACUGGAGAUUUCCAUGUUUUUAAGUAUCCUUGGAAAGAGCUUUUGCCAACCUAAACCACAUGGACCAUUUUCUGCCUCAGUGCGAGUCCUGGAAAAGAACGAUUCAGCCUUAUAGGCUUCUCCCAUCAGGGAAAGGUUCGUAGCUCAGUGGCAAAUCACCCGUUUGGCAUGGUAGAAGUUUUCAGGCUCAAUACCCGGUGGUAGGAGUGGGAGAGACAAUUCUGAGCUAGAUGGACCUGUGCUCUAACAGCUUCCUGGGUUCAUUUGAAGAGCGGGCAGAGCUCAGCACAUCAUGGCUAGUACCUGUAACAUCACCAACCCACCAUUGAUCUCCAGAGCAAUUUUGCCACUGGUGAAAAGGGGGGCAAAGGUGUGCAAUGAACAACCGUUAAUAUAACCGGUGAUAGUUAUUAUUAUUAUUAUUAUUAUUAUUAUUAUUAUUAAUUAUUAUUAUACCCCGCACAUCUGGCUGGGUUUCCCCAGCCACUUUGGGCAGCUUGCAGCACAAUCUAAAAGCAUCAAGCAUUAGAAACCUCCCGAUACAGGGCUGCCUUCAGACGUCUUCUAAAAGUUGUGUAGUUCUUUUAUCUCCUUGGCAUCUGAAGGGAGGGCGUUCCACAGGGAGGGCGCCACUACCAAGAAGGCCCUGCGCCAGGCUAAUAAUGAAACGAGAGGGAGAACGCGGCAACAAGCAGAUGACGUCCCUUAGGAGCAACUGCCACAGAGGCACAGCAAAGCCCACCUGCUGCCCUCUGUGCAAGGAGCUUGAACGCCACUAGGGCUGAGAGACGCUCUUGUCUGAAACUGUAGCCACACAGACAGUGCAGACCAUGCUUGAGCUGGAUGCAACAAAGGCAUCUCUGAAUAAGCCAGUUUCCGAGGUGCCUAUUGCACAAGAACAUCUUUGAGAACAGAAGCCCUGAAUGAACCACAGCUUUUCGUCAAGGCUGAAGGUGCACAACUUUUAUCCAGAGUAGUGCAGUCCGUAAGAACAUGAGAAGAGCCUUUUGGAUCAGGGCCCAUCUAUUUAAAAAAACACAUUUUUUAAAUUAACUUUUCAAAUUUUACAAAUUCUUUUACACAACCGUCAGAAUACAUAUCUCAUCUCCGUCGACUUCCCACCCAACCAUCAACCAUACGCUUUAACAUAACCGUGAUGUUUUUUCCAAAUAUUCCACAAAACAUUGCCGUUCUUCAAGAAAUGUUUUAUUCGUUCUGUUCUUGAAUUCUCACGGUUCAUCUAACCAUCUCAGCAUAUCCCAUCUUCAUAAGCCAUUCUUUUUUUUUUGACAAUAAUAUUUAUUAAUUUUCAUCAAUAGACAU